AAGCGAACCCGGAUGUUCUGUUUCACGACCAUAGACAGUUUGUUACGUUCUUUUAUAACCGUCUACCAAAAGUUAAGGAAACUACCCUUAAAAUAAGAAUAAGCCAAACCAAAUCUCUCCUGGACGAGGCUCAGCUGCCGCUCUAUGAAUCAACUGUUAUGCCCGUAAAGCAACGAUGAGAACUCCUGCUUUGGGACAUUUGUCGUGUUUCUCAUGUUUGUGAAGCGUCGUCGUGGUCUGUCAGGAUGCUCCAGGACCCCUUUGUGGAGGACAGUUUCAGUCGUUUCCCCUCUCAGAGUAACAUUUAUGGACUCUGUCAGGCCGGGCAGCAGGAGCUGUUAGCGGCCACCCUGAAAGGAAAAGUGGUGUGUUUCAGGUACCAGGAGCUGCAGCACAAAGUCAGACCUGUGGCCAAGGAGGUGCAGUUCACCUACAUCCCAGGUAACCCAGUUCACCUACAUCCCAGGUAACCCAGUUAACCUACAUACCAGGUAACCCAGUUCACCUACAUACCAGGUAACCCAGAGGAAAACUGCAGAUAAAGGAAUAUCUUAUAGAUAGAUACAUAGACUUUAUUGAUCCCAAACUGGGAAAUUCUCAUGUUACAGCAGCUAAAAACACGAAAAUAAAAUUAAAUAUAAGAAGUAUGUACAAUGCAGACGAAAAAUACUAAAUAUGUACAAUAAAUACAAAUUAAAUAUACUAAACAUCCAAUGAGAAAAAAAUGAGAUAUGAUGAAUGUGGGCUAUUGAAAUGAGUAAUACAUAUGAAAUGAGUAAUAAAUAUGAAAUGUAAAAUAUACAGAUGGGAUGAUAAACAAACAGACAAUUUAAGGUGCUCAGUAGUGUGAUGUGGUAGGAGUUUUUUUUUCCAAAAAGGGACCAUACAGCAGACAGACAUGAGUCCCUGUCUGACAGAUGUGAGUUAUUAAAUAGUGCAAUAGCUUGUGGUAGGAACGAUUUCCUGUGUCUGUCUCUUCGACAGCGGAGCUGCAACAGUCUAUUAUUACAGUCUUAUUACUACUUUAUAACACCAGAUUUAAACCCUGGAGGUUGCAUUGUCGACGAGUAUAAAUCUCCCAUCAGCUAACUGUGUCAAAGCUCCUGUCAGGAGUUUUGAUAUAAAAAAAAGACAAAAUACACUCCUGAUCAAAAUCUUAAGAUGAGUUAAAUAACUGCAAGAAUUUAUAUUUAGCACUGUUGGACCUUGAGACGGUUCUUUGUAGAGCUUCAAAAUGCAAAAAGAAGAAAUGGGAACAAGAGACCAAAAAUUUUGAGCAGGUAAUUUAUUGAAAACAGCAAUUUAACUGAAAUUGGCUGUUCAUCAGCUGAUCAAAAGUUUAAGACCACAUCUCAAAAAAACCUAAACACUUCCCAAGACAGAAAUUUAAGUGUCAAAAACUGACUCAGUAAUGAGGAGCUCCACCAUUAUUGUUUAUAACUUCAAAAAUUCGUUGUGGUAAGCUUGAUACAAGUGUUUCCAAAAGGCCAGUGAGAAUGUUGCUCCAAGUGGUGAAGAUGGCUUCAUGAAGGGCAUCCACUGUCUGGAACUGAUGUCCAUUUUUAUCAAUCUCCCAUGCCAUUAAUCCCCAAAUGUUCUCAAUUGGAUUUAGAUCAGGGGAACAUGCAGGAUGGUCCAAAAGAGUGAUGCUAUUCUCCUGGAAAAAGUUCUUGGUCAGAUGGGCGUUGUGAAUUGUAGCGUUGUCCUGCUGACAAACCCAGUCAUUACCACACAGACGAGGGUCCUCAGUCAUGAGGGAUGCCCGCUGCAACAUCUCCACAUAGCCAUGUAGCGAUUUGAAUUUAUAAUGAAUGUCUGAAGAGUACUAAUCUUCAAUUAUGACAUUUAUGCACUCGUUGAAGGGGCACCACCCACCUUUCUGGUGGGAAAAAGACAAAACAAAGUUCAAUUGAAUAAUCAAACGUUGAAUCAGUCUUAAACAGAUUUAAAUCAAUCUUACAUCUGAGGCCAGAAUUUUCAUUUCAGGGACUUCACUUCUGGAUAUUGACCACUAAGAGACGACAACUUAAAAUUCAAUGGACAAUUUAUUGACAAAUGCUAGUUGUGACAUAAAUUCAAUAAAUGGCGAUCAAAUAAUGAGAAAUUAAAAAAAAAAAUCUAGUGAAUAAAUGAAGAAAUGGUUUGAACUGAACUAAGACCGGAGGUUAAUGAUAGUGGGUGAAUAAGGAAAAAUUUUAACCUAUGUUAACAGAGUAAAUAAAUUUGGAAGGGGAAUUUAGAGAAACUAAAUUAAAAUUAAAAUUAUAAGCUCUGAACGCUUGACAGCAUCACCGGUUCUUCCAUGUGUGUUUGCCUACUUAUUGAUGAUGGUUCUCAGCGGCAAUCUUGGAGCGGAUCACUGAAGGCCCAGGCUACAGGUGGUCUUUGCAGGGCGGCUAGCAGCCAGCGAACAGUUGGGUGUCGUCACACCCAAAUGCAUGCCAAAUGCGCCUCGUGGGUCCCACAGCGCUCUCCUUCCACUUGCCUAUGGCGCAUGCUCGGCUGCGACAACACGGUCUGUUCGCCUGUCACGUCUGUCCAGUUUUUCUUUUUGUCUAUUUUUGUCUAUUUGUCCAGCCGUCUGAGCCCCCGACUGUCCUGGCUAAACGCACAUCAUGCUGGACAUGUACAGACUACUUUGGAUCGUUUUUAUAAUACUGUGGAUCCUAAUCGAUUCCACCGCGGUGGCACUGGUGGUUAGCUCGGCACGAGCCUCGGCGGCUAGUGGCGGCGGAACACUCACCUACAGACGGGAGGAUCUACUCCAACUCCGAUCAUCUAUCUUCUGCAAGGUGGGACUGGGGGAUCCUAUACCACCGGAGCUACGCCCGAGAAAAGGGGAAAACAGGGGGGUGUGCGGACCAGACUAAGGAAGCGCCGCUUCAGACCCCAUCUCCCUUCCAUUAUCCUGGCGAAUGUUCGCUCUUUAAAGCCAAAGAUGGACGUACUGCACGCCAGAUGUCGGCUGACAAGAGCCUUCAAGGAAGCAUGCAUCAUCGCCCUGACGGAGACCUGGCUAAACGAGACCACCUCGGACUCCGAAGUCAAUCUGGACGGAUUCACCAUCAUCCGAGCCGACAGGUCAGUCAGACAAGGACAGCGGCGGGGGGGUGUGCGUGUUUAUAAACAACAGGUGGUGUAACAACAUCAAAAUCCACAACACAGUCUGCACACGAAACAUGGAAAUGUUAACACUGUCACUUCGGCCUUUAUAUUUCCCACGUGAGUUCCCCACCGUGGUUAUUGGGUGUGUUUACAUCCAUCCCAAAGCCAAUAACAGAGUGGCAGCAGAAGAGGUAGCCGACGCGGCUAACUCCCUGUUAGCUAAAUACCCCGGAGCCCUGGUGCUCUUUAUGGGGGACUACAACAACUGCAGACUCGAGGGGGUACUGCCCUCUUUUCAACAGUACGUGGACGUUCCCACCAGGAAAGAACGCACCUUGGACUUGUGUUAUGGAAACAUUGACGAUGCCUUCACUGUGAGGGCUCAUCCUCCACUCGGUGGUUCUGGAGCCAGCUCCGAUCAUAACAUUGUGUUCCUGCUUCUGCACUACAAGCCGGAACUGAAGCGCUCCAGACCACAAUCACACUGUGCCCCUCAAUGGUCAGAGGACGCUAUAGCGCAGCUGCAGGGUUCACUAGCCUGUACAGACUGGGACGUCUUUCAAGGCGACCUAGACGAGAGGGUCUCUGUGAUCACUGAUUACAUCAAAUUCUGUGUCUCUACCACCAUACCCACAAAGACAAUAAAAAAAUAUCCAAACUCCAAACCAUGGAUCACUGCUCAUCUCAGACAAAGUUUCAGGGAAAAACAGAAGGCAUUUCAACGCCGUGAUUGGGCCGCUCUAAAAAUAAUUGAUGGGCAAAUUAAGAAGGACAUUCUUGAGGCCAAAUUAAAAUACAAAAACACCAUGGAACAGGAAUUUAGAAUAAUGAACACAAAAGAGGCCUUCAAUAAAGUAAGAAUUCUUACAGGUGGCGAGACAAAACAAAGAAACUGCACCACCCCUGAUCCGUUAAAACUUGCAAACACCCUGAAUACUUUUUAUAAACGUUUUGACAACCAUGAUUAUGCAGCAGAAUACGAGGAACUGCUGGGAGCACUCCCCUUCCAGGAGCCCUCGCACCCCCCUUUCACGCAGGAAGAGGUACGACAGCUGCUGAGCAGGUGCAAACCUGGCAAGGCACCGGGCCCGGAUGGCAUCAAAGCAAAGGUGCUCAAACUUUGUGCUACGGAGCUCUCCCCCAUCCUGCAUUCCAUCUUCUGGGAAUCCUACAGAACUGCAUCCAUACCCACACUGUGGAAAACAUCAACCAUCAUACCAGUUCCCAAGAAACCCCGCCCCUCGGAACCUAACCACUACAGACCCGUUGCAUUAACAUCAAUCAUGAUGAAGCUCCUAGAAAGAUUGAUACUGAACAUCAUGCUGCCAGCUGUCAGGUCACAGCUGGACCCGUAUCAGUUUGCCUAUAGGGCCAAGAGGGGGACAGAGGAUGCUGUGGCAUGCCUCCUCCAUUCCCUUCUCCAACAACUGGACUUAUCAUCGGACAAUUUUUCCACGAUCCUCUUCGUUGAUUUCAGUUCCGCCUUUAACACCAUACAACGCCAUCACAUGAUCAAAAAACUGCACCUCCUCAACAUUCCUACACUCCUCAUCCACUGGGUCCACAAUUUCCUGAGCAACAGACCACAAUCAGUCAAAGUCCGCUCAUCUUCCUCAUCAACAGUUAUCACCAACACGGGGGCCCCCCAGGGCUGUGUUCUCAGUCCCUUCCUCUACACACCAUACACAAAUGACAGCAUCAGCCCCUCACCCACCAACAUCACAUACUUCAAAUACUCAGACGACACUGCCAUCCUCACACUGCUACAUGACAAUGGCUCUAUUACGGACUAUCAGAACACCAUCACCCAUUUCACCCAGUGGUGCACCGACAACUUCCUGGAGUUGAAUGUGGACAAAACAAAAGAACUGGUCUUUCCAUCAACCCGUACUAGGCUUAACCCACUCCUCAUUCAUGGCAAAACAGUUGAACAGGUUGACAAUUUCACAAAUCUUGGACUCAUCUUGGACAAUAAACUCGGGUUUGAUCAACACAUCACUUGCAUCCAUAAACGUUUCCAGCAACGACUUCAUGUCAUCCGUAGACUAAGGUCACUAUCUGUUGCCCCUCAUCUUUUGCUGUUACUGUACAAAAGCAUUAUCCAACCCAUUCUGUUGUACUGCUCACCAUGUUACUUUACCAUACUGUCCAUGCCAAAUAGAAACAAACUGAACAAUAUCACCCGUAUUGCUUCCAAGGUCAUCGGACUUCCCACACCCACCCUUGCCGAUCUGAACAAUAAGGCCAUCACCCGCUUGGCACUCUCAAUAAUAAGCGACAAUGAGCAUCCUCUCCAUCAUCACUUCGACCUCAUGCCAUCAGGCCGCAGAUACAGAUUACCCAGGUGGAAGAGGGUUCAGUUCAGUAGGAGUUUCAUCCCAACAGCCAUCGCCGCAGUAAACAAGCUCAAACUGCCUCUCCACUAGGAUGGUCUCUUGAUAUUCUGGGGGGGUUCUCAUGGCCUGUCCUUGUAAUAUGUUUUGUGACAUAUGGUAUGUGUUGUCUGUACUCGUGUUUUGUGUUUGAAUAAGACCUGUGAAAGCAAAUUUCCCCCUGGGGACAAUAAAGAUUAUUAUUAUUGUUCCUUCUUAUGGCAAACGCAGCUCGGCGGAUGAUGCAGGUCGGUCCUCUGGGUGUUCAGGAUUAGCUCUACUGCAGAUCAAUUUGCGAUAACUGAAGAAAAUAAUUUCGCUGGCCAGUCGAUAUUAUUCUCAAGAGUCACUUUAGCGAACUAAACAAAAUAAAAGACUCAGACUUAAGUACUCUAUGCGCGCAGCUGAUUAAUAAUGUUUUAAAGGAACUUGGGUAUGGUUUCAUCCAAGUUUGUAGAAAAGUCUGAACUUAAGGCAAAUAAAAAAAACACAGGAAAAGUUACAAGACGAUGGACGGAGACAAAAACACACGAGACAAAAAGACGAUAAGAGCAAAGAUGGUAAGAGCACAAAAAGAGUCAGCUCAGCGCUUUUAAACCAUUUGAUGUGGGGCGUGAACCCAAAGAGGGGGAGCUCGUGCACCCAUUCAUUGUUCACAGCGGGGGCUGAUCAGGCUGGCAAGAGAAUUGAUUUUAACUUGCGGGAUUAAUAAGCGAGUUGGGUCUAAUGUACUCACUCACUAUGAUUAAUGCUGUUUAUCAAAUCACAUAUGAUAUAGUUUCACUUCAUAGUUUCUUAUGAGCAGAUGCAUCAAACCAUAACAUUAAAUGCAAGGUAAACUUUAAUCAUCCGUUUUCAUCCGGUACUUAGUAAAUGAUUAAAAUAUUCUGAUGAGGUAGACAGGCAUAGCGUUAAAAUGAUCAAAACAUUCUUAACUCAUGUACAAAAGAGUUUUCAGUCACUACUUUUCAUAUUGCUAACCUACUUUGGGAAAACCAUUCACUAAGCUACAAAGUAUACAACAUGCAACAUAAUUAAAUAAAGGAAUGACAAUCAUAUUCGGGAGGCACCACUAGGGGGAGCUCUUGGUCCAUCGAAAACCUGGAAUAAAUUUGUGAAGUUAGCAGUUUGGCUUAUAAACAUGCUAAACAAAUGGGACAAAGACUGUUUCACUGCCGAUGUGGUGUACAGAUGGAAAAUUGUGGUGAAGUGUCCAUUAAACCUGAAAUUGAAUCAUUUGCAGUUAUUCUCUUUAUUCUGCACCUAAAGAGAGUCACAGGAAACACAGCCACUCUGAAGAUUUAUGGCUGUGGUCUGUUCCACAGAUUAAAGCUUUUGAUGCACUCUUGAGUUGAGUUCUCAUGAUCUUUUAAGGUACCUUUAAGGUUAAGGUGUCAAAUUUGAGAGUCUCCAGCCAAGAGCAGAGGGGUGAAUGUUUAUCCAGUCCGGGGGUCCUGCUGGAGAUUAGCAACUUUUUCUCUUUGAAAUGGAAAAGAUUGACUGUCUGUCUUUUGGGGAAUCACCUCUUGGUUAGUUUCCCACAAACAGGAGGUUGUAAAAGACUAUGGUUUGGUGUGGAAAUCCCCCCCCCCCCCCCCCAUCUCCUUUCAGUGACCAGAGUCACUGCAUUCCUUUGAGGGUGAAUUAAAGAUGAGAGAGCAGAAACCAGUCAUCUGCUACAGCCAGGUGCUGUUUGACACCCCUGCACAACCUGAAGCUCCAUUGUUCCAUUAAUGGAGAAAGCCCCCGCAGAUCAUGAUGGUGUCCCCUCCACUGUGCUGUGUAGAAAACAUCUCAGGUGACAUCUCCUUGUCAUGCCAGUAUCGUUGGAAGCCAUCAGGACCAUCAAGGUUAACAUUUUUCUUAUCAGAGAAUAAAACUUUCUUCCACCUUUGAAUGUCCCAUGUUUGGUGCUCCCUUGCAAAGCCCAAACAGGUAAUCUUGUGGCGUUAAAGGAGAUGUGACCUUUGAAUACGUUUUUGUUUUUGAAGUCCUUCCUUCGCAGAUGUCGUCUGUUGUUAUUGGGCUGCAGUCAGCACCUAUAAUAGCCUUAAUUUGGGAUGAGGAUCGUCCCGUGUCUUGACGGACACAAAUUUGGAUCCUCCGGCUCAGGGCUGGUGAGAUUUUUUGGGGUUUACCACUUGAUUUUUUGUUCCAUAACCCUCCAGAUCUUUUAAGAAAUGAAAGACGACGGUCUUACUGCGUCCAACCUCAGCAGCGAUGGCACGUUGUGAGAGGCCUUGUUUGUGCAGCUCAACAAUCCAUCCACGUUCAAAGGCAGUGAGCUUUUUUGCCUUUGCCAUCAAGAGAUGUUGACAGUGUGACUGCUUGACAAGAAAUGACACGAAAUCCACAUUUUUGCACAGAUUUGGGCUUUUAAAGGCUGUGGUCUUAAACUUUUGAUCAGCUGAUAAACAGCCUAUUUCAGUUAAAUUGUUGUUUUCAAUAAAUUACCUGCUCAAAACUUUUGGUCUCUUGUUCCCAUUUCUUCUUUUUGCAUUUUGAAGCUCUACUAAGAACCGUCUUAAGGUCCAACAGUGCUAAAUAUAAAUUCUUGCAAGUUCUUAACUGGUCUUAAGAUUUUGAUCAGGAGUGUAUUAUUGAUGUUUGUUGAUGACCUACAAAAGACAAACUAGAUUGCUUAUUUAUUCUCAAAUUUUUCGUUGAAAGGUCAGCUGGACUUGAGUGACUGGGGCCUAAGUUGGACAUUAAUAGCCUCUGUUGGUCAUCCAGCUGGGUGAAUGGUCACCUGAGAGUAGGCCUGGGACGAUAACAAAUUUUGCUGGACGAUAUAUUGUCCCACAAAUUAUUGACAAUAAAUGAUAUUAUUGGGGACUAAGGCUGCACGAUAUUGGAAAAAAUUAACAUUGCGAUUUUUUUCAACCCUGCGAUACAUAUUGCGAUAUUAAAAAAUACAGGAAUUUUCACCAGAUGACCUGAAUAGCACUUAAUGUUAUGCUGCACCGCUGAAAUCUUGAGGACAGUUAACCUGCACUGAUCUUACCUCUUUUUGUGAAUGUUAGUAGAAUGGCUUCUGUCUGUCUCAGAGAUAUUUUUAGCUUUUAUUGUGCUGGGACGUUAUUGUGGCAACAGAUGAACACAGAACGUUUUGGUCGACAUUAUCCAUCUUGUCACCGAAAUAAUUCCAGAUAACUGACUUUCCUUUUCUUUUUGGCAACAAGUCUUCAUCUUCUGUGGUUUUCUCUGUCUGUUGCUCAGUUUGCAAUCGUUGUUGUUGUUAGCGGGGUUGUGCUGAGAAACGCAUGUCCUCCGAGAAUUGCAUGCACCUCACAAAACGCGCACCGCUUAUAGUAGAGUGGUCCACGGAAAUGUACAAUUUAAAACCCAUACAGUUCUUAUUUGUUGGGCUAAACGGUGAUGAAGAAUGUUCCGAAAGUAAUUCUCAGCGGACACGCGUCUCACUCCAUGUGCAGAACAUGUGCAGGGGUGGGUUCCCUCCUCUCUGAUUUUGAUUGACAGUUGGCAGGGUAGUCUGAUUGGCAACUAAGAAUUGAGUCUGAUUGGCAACUGAGUAAAGAACGAACGUGAUUGGUGGAUUGCUGAACAGCACAUGCAGAGUCACAUGCAGUGUAUCUCAGUCAGUUACAGGGCUCUCAAGUCUCACGCACUCAGCGUGAGACACACGCAUUCCCACCUGUUCACACAUCGUAUUUCUCACGCAUUUAAAUGAACAUGGUGAUGUCCACCAAGUUGCACCUCUUUAUGGAACGGGUACGAAUCAACUGAGUUCCUCCGAGAGUUCAGAAGCUGCGUGCCACGCGCAAGCCAAUCAAAUAAAGUAUAUCUACUGAACAGCCAAUCAAAAAGCAGCAUUGCUGUAUCCGGGUAGAUUUUGAUAUCUUGCGGUUUGACUACAGGAGAGGACAGACACUCGCCGUAAUAGAGCAGGUUUUUAUAAGGACGAGAUAGACCCGAUGAUUACAGUAAGUCAGUAACCUACACAUGCAGAAACCUCAACACCUCAUGGCAUAUAAACUCAUAUGAUAAACUAAAGCCCUAUGCUAUUGCUAUUAACAGCUGUAUUGACGGAUUUAGCCUCCGUACAGCCAUUUCCAGCCAUUUUCCCCUCCACAAAAGCUGCAUUUCUCAUAUAUCUCAAAUAUAAGUUCUGAUACUCAUGACAGUGUAAUGCUCAUGUACCAAAGGAUUAAGUAUCUCCAUGUUUGUGAAACCUAUACUAAAGUAAAAUUCAUCUAAAUGCUCCACAGUGCAGAUUUUAACAACUUUACGACUUAAUACUUAUACAUUAAUGAUUUUAUUCUCCCAAAUAAUAACUUUAUUCUGUAAGAUAUAAAAACGUUUUUUUCUAAUUGUGCCCCUUGUGCUCCGUUGUAUUUAAGAGAUAAUUAUACUAAUAGUUAUCUUCACCCCCCCCCCGGAAAUGACUGAAGCUGGUCAUCUGCAGGGUUAUCUGUGGAUGUAUCAGCGGGUCAUUCAGAGAGAUUUUGUGGUUUCUGAAGAAACAAUCAAACUGAUGAUGAUCAACAUUUGAGAUCCAGAGGGAGUCGAGCUCCGACGAGCACCACGUCUCUGACACCGACCGUGGCCUACACCUGCAGUGACACCAACACCUUAUUACUGCAUAUGGAUUCAUAUCAUAAACUAAAGCUCAAUGUCAUUCACGGAUAUUUACGGCUGCAUUGACAGGUAUAUCCUCAGCAUAUUCAUUUCUGCCUCCACAAAAGUAGCGAUUUCCUUCAAGUACACCAGUUUUUUCCCCGUGGAAAAGACGUAUUUCUCAUAUAUAUUCUUUUUUUAAAGUCUUUAUACUUAUGACAAUGUUAUGCUGAUGUGCCAGAGGAUGAAGUAUCCCCUAUCCUCCUUCUCAAUAUGGCCCUCAUACUCCUUCAUACAAAACAAUCAUUGGAUGAAUUUUGUGGGAAUGAUCUGUGCUUGUAUGUAUCUACUAUUUUGUGUCUGUGCAAGGUCGCACAAUUAAAACAAUACAUGCUGCGCUCCGCAGCUUUUUUUCUAAUCAGUCGUGACGUAAGCCUGAGGGCGGGGACAUUUGGAGACCUUCGGAGGACUUCCUGGUGGAGUUGCCAAAUGUCCCCGCCCUCAGGCUCGCGUCACGACUGACUUAAAGGAAACCCGCGGAGCGCAGCAUUUAAUGUUUUAAUUGUGCGACCAUGCACAGACACAAAAUAGUAGAUACAUACAAGCACAAUUCAUCCAAUGAUUGUUUUGUAUGAAGGAGUAUGAGGGCCAUAUUGAGAUUUGGGACUUUAAGGACUUCGAGAUUGAAGUCGUGAAUUUACGAGAAUAAAGUCAUUAAUUUAUGAGAAUAAAGUUUUAAAGUUUCCUGUUAUUUCAGAGGAGACUUGUUAAAAUUAGGACCAUGAAGCAUUUGAAGGAACUGUGCUUCAGUAUAGGUUUCACAAACAAGGAGAUUCUUCAUCCUCUGGCACAUCAGCAUAACAUUGUCAUAAGUAUAAAGACUUUAAAAAGAAUAUAUGAGAAAUACGUCUUUUCCACGGGGAAAAAAAUUGGUGUACUUGAAGGAAAUCGCUGCUUUUGUGGAGGCAGAAAUGAAUAUGCUGAGGAUAUACCUGUCAAUGCAGCCGUAAAUAUCUGUGAAUGACAUUGAGCUUUAGUUUAUGAUAUGAAUCCAUAUGCAGUAAUAAGGUGUUGGUGUCUCUGCAGGUGUAGGCUACCGCCGGUGUCAGAGACGUGGUGCUCGUCGGAGCUCGACUCCCUCUGGAUCUCAAAUGUUGAUCAUCAUCAGUUUGAUUGUUUCUUCAGAAACCACAAAAUCUCUCUGAAUGACCCGCUGAUACAUCCACAGAUAACCCUGCAGAUGACCAGCUUCAGUCAUUUCCCCCUCCACAAAAGCAGCUUUAUGACUUUAUAUACUUUAUGAGUUUAUUCUCCUAAAUUUACAACUUUAAUCUCUAAAUCUUAAAAGAAAGAAAAAAACUCAAUGUUGUCCUGAUACUCUGCUGUAGUUUUGUCAGCUUUCUUAUUUCUAAUGUUUUUGAUAGUUGAAGCAGAGCGGAUCAGUUCGUCUCUAAAUCUAUAAUGUUUGGUUAACAGAUUUUAGUGAGUUCAGAGAUCAUGCUCUCAUACAGCCUGAGCUGACUGUCUGCUGUUUUUGGAUUGCUUGUAUUUUCUUCGAAGACACGCUGUGUCUCCAAGCGAGUCCAGCCUCUCACCUGAAAUGCACAGCUGUGCAGCGGCACGCAAAGCAUUCUGGGAUACCGACGGCACGAAAGCGUGCAUAAAUGCACGCUUGAAAAAGAGGCGGGGGUAGUGUGGUUUUGAGACCGAAUUUGAAGCGCGCUUAGUAUUUUGUGCCAAACGGGACACCGUUCGUGCCGCGUGGUGACCUCACGUACGCGUCAGAUGCGCCGUUCGAUGGCUGCUGUAUCUGAAAUGGGACACAGGAAGGGCACAGAACGGCGCAAAACGGCUCAAAACGGCAGUGCACUCAGCUAAGCGCCGUUAAGUGCGCUUAUCACGAUGCGGUCUCUGAAAUGAGACACAGCCUGUGUUCAUUCACUUCGGACAUCGCAGGCUCUGCGAUGUGACUAUCUCACACACGUACAUCACGAUGACGAUGUUCAAAUGAUAUAUCGUGCAGGCCUAUUGGGGACAUUAUCUAGACCAAAACAACCAUUUUUGUAAUGUUAAUGUAUCAUAGUAAUGCCAGUUCACCCUUUCAAAUGCAACAAUUAAACCUUUAUUUCUCACUGGAAUGUCAAGAACCAGAACUUUUAAAUAACCUAAAUAAAUAAAACAAAACAAAAAAAAGCUGGCUUUUCAACCGUAUUAAAUGGCAGCACUUCUUUGGCAAUGUGCCGAUAUGAAAAAUUUGAUAUCACGAUAUUGGUGGCCCAAAAUAUCACGUUUCACGAUAUUAUCAGGAUAUUAGUGCAUUGCUUUUAACAUUAUUAAAAAUGUCAAAACUGUGAAAUCACUUCUCUGUGCACAACAUGACAUGCACAAACAAUAUGAGCAAGAGGCAGCUAACGCGACAUUGGGAUCAUUAGCUUUUUGGAGCUCAAGUUAGCAGAAACCUUACUAACGUCGUCAAUAAUAAGCAGUAGAGUAGGCCAAACUUGUUGUGGUCAUGUUGUUUUUACCUUGAUUUGGGCGAACGAUGCUGGAUGGUGUUCACGGAGGUGGGCACGUAGGUUUGAAGUGUUAGACAACGGUGCUGCAACUUCCUUCUGCAGGCAAAACCUGCAGAUUGGUGUCAGGUUUACCUGCUCCGUCUGUUUUGUGCAGCCGUAAGACGUCCAUACUGCCGACGUAACCUUUUUAAUAGGAGAAUCCAGCCGAGGCGUUUCGUUAUUCUCAGUCUCUGACUGUUCUUGUUUAGGUGUUAUGCCGUAGAAUGCACCCCUGACGGGAGCGCGGUUGAAAGUAAAUAACAAGGUGAAAUAAUCCAAGUUUUCCUUACCGUUGGGUGGAUUCAAAAGCGUGAGCCUUUAAUGAUUUCAUUCAGACUAUUCAGAUAAGCCGAAAACAAUAGCCCUCGGAUUCAGAAUAUUUGCUGCCCCGAAAAUAUAAUGUUCUCUACCUUGACAGCGUACUGUACAGUUUAAAUACCCAAGUACACCUCUCUAUGUGCUUUUUUUAAAUACCUAAAAACAGAACGAAAGUUUGCUGCUCCAUUUGACAUGUUGUCAUGAUCCAAUACUCAUGUUUUUUUUUAAAUAUUAGGGGUGGAACGGUUCACAAAAUCCACGGUUCGGUUCGUAUCACGGUUUUGUGGUCACGGUUUUCGGUUCGGUUCAGUAUACAUUGACUGUUACAAAAUUCAAUUGCGUCUUGUAUAGUAAACUGAAAGAAUGAGGCAGUCUGACAUUCAAUACAUCAUUGUGACAGUCUUAGGUUAAAAGGUAGGUCAGAUUCUGGCAGUGCAAGAGAGGAGACAUAGUUCCAACAUGCUUUACAUUUAUUUGGCAAAGGAUAUCUCUAUCUAAACAAAAAGUAAAAUGGCUCUUAAAGUUCUGACCCUUGAAUUAGUGCAUACAAAAGAAUUUAACUUUACUAUUUUACAAACAACAUUAUAUACCAUCAACAUAAAGUGAAGCAUAGGCUCUAUCAGCACUAGACUUAUGCCCUUUUAAAAUCAACACAAAAACAACAUGUUUCUCGUAACAUGUAACAUGUUUCAACUCCCUGAUUAUUAGUUGUUCAUGAAAAGCUCAGUAUUUUUCACUUGAAAUUGAAGUGCAGUGAAGUGUGUGAAAUACAAUCAAAGAAAUCAGGCUGUAGUUUUGAUCAAACUUUAAGUGUCACUGUGUUAUCUAAAGUCUAAACAAAAUGAAAUAAAUAAUCCAAAUUAAGAGGUCAUCAAUAUAAAAUGCAGCAUAAACCAAACUUAACAGAUUCUGCGCUCUCCUGCACUCUCUCACACAACUCUGCUCAUUGUAUUAUCAUGUUCUUCUGCAAGAAGAUCAGUUUGUCCACAUUCUCUGCCAAGAGACGAGAUCAACUUGCAGUGACAAUGUCCCCUCAUCUCCCACUCUGAGGUAAUGUAAUGGACAGUCACAGUCAGGAAACUUUCAGUUGCCCUGGAGGUCCAUCCAUCGGUAGUAAGAGCAACAGAGGCUGUGUCAGACAGUUCUUUCACAAUUCCCCGUCGGAUCUUUUCAUAAAGUGCGGGAAUUACCGUGCCGCUGAAGUGUUUGCGGGAGGGGAUCUUAUAUCGUGGCUCGAGCGCCUUUAUCAUGCACUGAAAUCCCGCACCCUCAACCACGACGUAAGGUUGCAUAUCUUUGGCGAUGAAACACCCCAGUGCCUUUGUUAUGCCCUGCGCCCUGUCCGACUCGUCAUUGUACGGCUGUUUAAAAGCUGCGGGGAGAAGAAGUUGUGCAGCCUUGCCCCUCCUUGCGCUGUCAACAGCCACACUGGGAUGAUGUCUCCGUAAAUGAACUGACAUGUUAGAUGUGUUCCCGUUAGCAUAAGCAAUGCGUGUUGCACAGUACUUGCACACUGUCGCACUUUUAUCCACAACUUUCUUACCGCCUUCAUAGUUCACCCUGAACGCAAAAUGCUCCCAUACACCAGACCUAUAUAACGCUGGUGGCACAUCCUCCAGCCCAGAGUCUUCUCCGCUCGCCAUGUUCACAGCUCUUCUACAACUAAUUUCCGGGACACACCCAUAGUUGCGCAUGUGUAUGACCCGAACGGGAUGCAAGCGCACUGAACCGGGACGGUCGACCCGAACGGUUCAGUUCGGUUUCUUAAACCGUUCCAUCCCUAUUAAAUAUGAGAUAAUUUUUUUCCACUUUAAGAAGCUAAUGAGUGGAUGGGAUGCAGGGGAUGCAUUCUACGGCAGGGGUGCAUUCUACGGCUUAACACCCAUCAAGCUACACAAGGAAGAAGGAGGAUAAGCGGGGAGACGAAUUAAGUAUCUUGUUAACUUCAUCAUGUGUGACUGUUUACUGGAUAUUUAAUUUAAUGCAGUUUCAGCUGUGUUAAUUUGGUCAGGUGGAGUGUCCAAACCCGUGCCAGACGCGCUCAUCAAAUCAGAUAUAGAUCAGAAUAUAUCAAUAUAGAUCUACAUGUACAGUGAGUCCAAGAAGUAUUUGAUCCCUUGCUGAUUUUCUUCGUUUGCCCACUAAUAAAGAUGUGAUCAUUCUGCACAUUUAAUGGUAGAUGCAUUCUAACAUGGAGAGACAGAAUAUCAAAAAGAAAAUCCUGAAAAAAAUCUAAGGAAUAUAUAUUAAUUGAUUUGUAUUUCAUUGAGGGAAAUAAGUAUUUGAUCCCUCAGUAUGCAUUAGGAGUUCUGCCUUUCACAGACCAGUUAGACACUCCCAAUCAGCUUGUUACCUGAACUGAAGCCACCUGUUCUCACUAAUCACUUGUGUGAAAAACACCUGUUCACAGAAUCAGACAAUCUGACAGAUUUCAAGUCUCCAACAUGGGUAAGACCAAAGAGCUGUUUCAGGACCUCAGAGUCAGGAUUGUUGACCUCCACAAAGCUGGAAUGGGCUACAAAAAGAUUAGCAAGGUGUUGGAUGUGAAAGUAACAACUAUUGGUGCAAUUGUUAGAAAAUUUAAAGAGUAUAACAUGACCAUCAACAGACCUCGGCCCGGUGCUCCAAAGAAGAUUUCACCUCGUGGGGUGACAAUGCUCCUGAGAACGGUCAGAAAUCAUCCUGCAACCACUCGUCAGGAGUUGGUAAAUGACCUGAAGGCAGCUGGGACCACAGUUUGCAAGGAAACAAUUGGCAACACUUUGCGCAACAAUGGAUUAACAUCCUGCAGUGCCCGAAAGGUACCCCUGCUCAAGAAGGCACAUGUGGAGGUAGUGCUGGGCGAUUGGACGAUAGAUAUCGUGGGCACGAUAGAAAAUGUCUAUCGUGCCAUUUUUAUUUUUAUCGUUUCGGGCGAUAGACUGUAUUUUAUCCAUAGGGCUUGUGCCAUCAGAUGAUUCAUAGUAACAACAACAAUAAUUGCACAUUCAGUAAGUGUAUUUGGUGUCAAACGGGAAAGAAAACAAUAUUUCCUUACAAAGAAAAGGAUGCGUUGACAAGUAGGCUCGCAUUUCUCUUUCGAUUUUGCGACAUGACACCGCUUUACGUGCCCUCUUUGUGUCCAGCGUCUCCCGCCGUUGCGGGUUACCUGGGUUACACACGUGAGGGGAUCAUUGUAAGCAGUGCUUAAUUUGUGCCGGAGCAAGUCGGAGCGCGAUCCGGGACCUCUUUUGAUCGGAUCCGGGACCUAUUUCAGCCGCUCCGGCACCUAUUUUAUGUGCUCCGGGACCUUCCCUGUAGAGGAUGACAUUUUUCGGGGAUUCCCCGUGGGUCACGUGAUUCCCGCGGGAUGGGAGUCAUUUUUUAAUUAAUCCCUUGAUCGGGACAGGACGGGGAAAAAAAGCAACGGGAGUGGGCAGGAGCGGGAACAACAUUAAAAGAUGAUCAUUUUCUGCCGUGUUUAACAACCAGAUGACCAGGUGCGUCCAUUUUUGUAGUCAUCUCUCAGUGAGAGCUAACACUCUUGACCGCGCUAGCAACACAAAAGAACUACAACAGUGGUUUGACUUCCUGUCAGCUGGGAGCGCGGCUGCGCAUUUCUACCCUUCAAGCCAGCAGCGAGGAAACGUAAUUUUGUGACAUUCUGUAGUUUUUCAAUCAUUUCUGGAGUCGUGGCGAAUCAAAUCACCUUACCUGUCUGCCCCUGAUAGGCGAAUAAAGCGCUCGGAUUCAUGCUCGGGUCUUCCCACGUGCUUCAAGAGUAAAGUAAACAAUGAUGGAGGCAUAGAGCAGCUUUGGAGGAGAAACAUCUAGCAGUGUGAACAACCUCUUCAAAAGAGCCCUAAAGACCUACCUUUUUAAUAAAGUCUUUGGUUAGUUUUCCUCUAUGCUUUUACUACCUUGCCUCUUACAUUGCAACUCUAUAUUUUUUAUUUUUUUAAUUCUUUUUUUAUGCCAAUCUGUGACUGUCAUUCUAUUGCUUUUUUUUAUUGUUGCUGCUCUUUUUUUACUGUGUACUGUAGCACUUUGAGAUUUUUUGUAAAUGUAAAGUGCAUUACAAAUUAAAUUUAUUAUUAUUAUUAUUAUUAUUAUUAUUAUGGAGUCCUUUGGCUCACACUCAGCGUUUUCUGUGAGUGUUGCAUAACUUUGGGUGAGCACAGACAUGAACGCACUUCAGCCACGUAUUUAUUUAUUCAUUUUUCUAGUUUUAAGUGCUGGUCUUGUACAGGUACUAGUGCAGCUGUAUACACUUAAAUUUUUCAUAGAACUGAAAGCAUACCAUAGCUAUAUCGUGAUAUAUAUCGUUAUCGUGAUAUAAAAUGAUCCAUAUCGUGAUAUACAUUUUUUUCCAUAUCGCCCAGCACUAUGUGGAGGCGCGCCUUAAGUAUGCCAAUGAUCACCUGAAAGAUGAACCAAGUUAUUGGGAGAAGAUUCUGUGGUCAGACGAGACCAAAAUUGAACUUUUUGGCCUCAACUCUACCCGCUAUGUGUGGAGGAAGAAAAAUGCUGCCUAUGACCCCAAGAACACUGUGCCCACCGUCAAGCAUGGAGGUGGAAGCAUAAUGUUUUGGGGGUGUUUCUCUGCCAAGGGUACAGGGCUACUUCACCGCAUCACUGGGAAGAUGGAUGGAGCCAUGUACCGUACAAUCCUGAGGGACAACCUCCUCCCCUCUGCCAGGAAGCUAAAAAUGGGCCGUGGUUGGGUCUUCCAACAUGAUAACGACCCGAAACACACAGCAAAGGCAACAAAGGAUUGGCUCAAGAAAAAUCACAUGAAGGUCAUGGAGUGGCCCAGCCAGUCUCCGGACCUCAAUCCGAUUGAGAAUCUAUGGAGGGAGCUGAAGGUCAGAGUUGCCAAGCGACAGCCCACCAACCUUCCUGAUUUAGAGAGGAUCUGCAAAGAAGAGUGGGCCAAAAUUCCCCCUGGUGUGUGUGCUAAACUUGUGGUUAACUACAACAAACGUCUCACUGCUGUGCUAGCUAACAAAGGCUUUGCCACUAAGUAUUGAGUGUGUUUGGCUAGAGGGAUCAAAUACUUAUUUCCCUCAAUGAAAUACAAAUUAAUUAAAAUAUAUUCUUUAAAGUUAUAUUCUGGAUUUUUGUCUUGAUAUUCUGUCUCUCCAUGUUAGAAUACAGCUACCAUUAAACGUGCAGAAUGAUCACAUCUUUAUUAGUGGGCAAACGAAGAAAAUCAGCAAGGGAUCAAAUACUUCUUGGACUCACUGUAUGUGCUGACUCGAAAUAAAACUACAGUGGUCUACUCCGUGUCGCUCCUUUUAAAACCUAACCUCGACCACGCAACGGACGUUGCCCCCUGUUUCGGCAGCAGCUCCUCUGUCUGCGUUGGCUCGUCUGCGUUUGAUGCUCGAGAAUUGUCAUCUCUUUCGCCACAAUCACCCGGCUCCUCCAUGCUUGUGUUUUUCACAGUGGCAGUAGCGCGUGUCGGCAUGCCAUAUAUGGAGCGUCACGAUGUAAAACACUGCCGUAAAGCGUGUUUUUGCGACACCGCGAUAGAAAAGAUAGAGCUCAUGUAUCCCGUUAGAAAUUUUCUAUCGUUUAGACGAAACAUAUUGUUAUAUCGUGAAGCCUUACUGUGCAGUGUGAUGGCUGUUAGAAGCGCUGUGGUUCAGCCCUACCAAUUUGACCCAGAGUCUGACCCAGAGAGAGAGGCUCCCAAAGACGGUCAAACUCUGCAGCUGCAACAGGACGUUUCUGAAUGGUUAGUUACAAAUAUUAUGUGUCUUUAUAUUUGUGUUUUUACUCAAUGUGUUAUGUUACACUGCUAGGUGGGUUAGCUCCUUUGACGCCUACGUCCAUUUCUGAAUGGUUGGUUACAAAUAUGUGUCUUUUAUAUUUUUGCUUUGUUAGUGUGUUAUGUUACAUUGCCAGGUGUGUUAGCUUAUCUGAGGGCUCUGUCUCAGCUGUCUCGUCGUUACCUGGAGCUCUUUUGGUGAAUACCCAAUAUUUUGAAAGUGGAAUGUUAUAGUUAUCUCUCGUGACUAAUGCCGUUUGGCGUCCGUCCGUCCAACUAUAAAAUAAUUGGUUGGAUUUGCUGCAACAAUACCAGAGAUUUUUGCUGUCAUGUUAGGAACCAUACCCUUUGGAAAACAGAGAAGGGGAACAGUGGAAACACAGUCACUGAUUGGCCCGGUUAUUUUCUGAUUUCUAAUACACGCUCCCAAUUGGCCGAAGUUCAGACUGUUGUGGGAAGGAACGGCAAAUGAUUCACGUAACUGGAUGGCCCAGGCAGGCUAAUAAUAAACCAUCAUAAUCACAGUUUUAGUAGUUUUUAGUGGUUCAGCCCCGAAAUUUGUGAACUGAGAUGAAAAUAUGGUCAUGCCCUUCUUUAUCCAGUUGAUGCAGAGAUUGUUUCUAUUGAUGCCUUCAUUAAGUCUCCACCCAACAGAGGCCUGGUGGUGGGAAUCACAUUCGUUAAGGUAUUUUGAAUAUUUAAAUUUCAAAGUCACAUUGUGUGCAUACUUUAAAAGCAGCUUAAAUAAUUGUAAACAGUAAACGAAACAAUUUUCUGUCUGUUUAUUCUGCAGGACUCUGGUGACAAAGCCACACCGUUUCUGAAUAUCUACUGCGACUAUGAGCCUGGCUCAGAGUUCAACCUGGACUCCAUUGCCCGUCAGUAAAGCGGAGUUUGAUGUUUACAGCGCUGCCUCCCUCAAUCACACUAAACACACUGAUGUUUGUUUCUUCCCCUAAACAGAGAGCUGCCUCAACCUGGAGCUGCAGUUCACCCCCUUCCAGCUUUACCAUACAGAGUGAGUGCGCCUAACAGCUUUGAUGGACCCUUAAAGCUAUGGUCUACAAUUUGAAAACCAGUUUGGCUGUUGAGACAGAUUUGAAAAACGCAGCCUGCCUCCCCCUUCACUCACCCCUCCCCUCCGUGUUCCAAGAUCCCGCCCCCCCCAGCUCGUGUCGCCUCCUAACAACACGCCCCCUCCAAUAGAGCAAGAGGCCGGCCAGCAGAAAAUAUCAGCAGUGGUACACAGUAGUAGCCAUUUCAAUUGGACUGGCGCGAUCAAAACCAUAUAUUAGCGGGGCGGAGCAGGUCUGGCGUCGCCACUGCUAGCCGGUCAGAGCAAAGCCGAUUGUGGGCGAGGCUUUGCCUUUCUCGGCGUGUCUUCACCAGCCCAGUUUACAAUGCUAAAGAUGCGUGGCUAACUUAUGCUAAAAUCUAUUGACUAGGCCUGCACGAUAUAUCGUUUGAACAUCGUCAUCGCGAUGUACGUGUGUGCGAUAGUCACAUCGCAGAGCCUGCGAUAUUGGAGGUGAAUGAACUCAUUUAAUUUCAAGGGUAACUAACUGAGAUACACUCCAUGUGACUCUGCAUGUGCUGUGCAGCGAUCCACCAAUCACCUACGUCCUUAACUCAGUUGCCAAUCAGACUAAGUUCUCAGUUGCCAAUCAGACUACCCUGCCAGCUGUCAAUCAAAAUCAGGGAGGAGGAAACCCACCCCUGCACAUGUUCUGCACAUGGAGGGAGACGUGUGUCCGCUGAGAAUUACUUUCGGAACUUUACUCAUGACAAUUAAUCCCAACAAAUAAGAACUGUAUGGGUUUUAAAUUGUACAUUUCCGUGGACCACUCUACUAUAAGCGGCGCGCGUUUUGCGAGGUGCAUGCAAUUCUCGGAGGACAUGCGUUUCUCGGCACAACACCGCUAACAACAACAACAACAACGAUCGCAAAACGAACAACGAACAAGCGAAAACCACCGAAAAUGAAGACUUGUUGCCAAAAAGAGAAGGAAACUCAGUUAUCUGGAAUUAUUUCGGUUAAAAGAAGGAUGAUGGCGACCAAAACACGUGUUCUGUGUUCAUCUGUCGCCACAAUAACGUCCCAGCACAAUAAAAGCUAAAAAGAUCUCUGAGACAGACAGAAGCCAUUCUAACAUUCACAAAAAGAGGUAAGAUCAGUGCAGGUUAACUGUCCUCAAGAUUUCAGCAGUGCAGUAUAACAUUAAGUGCUAUUCAGGUCAUCUGGUGAAAAUUCCUGUAUUUUUAAUAUCGCAAUAUAUAUCGCAGGGUUGAAAAAAAUCGCAAUAUUAGUUUUUUCCAAUAUCGUGCAGCCUUACUAUUGACAGAGCCUACCCAUUCCAACCAACAACGUUGCGUCAUUAGCCAGUGUAUGCACACCAGAGUUAUUCAGCAGACAUCUCCCACUGUAGUAAACAAAGUAAUUACCUGUCCAACAGAAAUUCGGCUGUCUCAGCAUCAGUUUUCAGUCCCAAAUCCUUCUGCAGCUUUUUCCACCGGUUGUACGUUUCUCCAAUGUAGACUCUCCGUUGGCACCUGUAUCGCUCAUAUUUCUUCCUUACUUCAGCCUUUUCCUCGAAACUUUUACGUUUCCUUCCCUUCGAUGUGGAGGGUGACAGAAGUGGCCUCUUGAUUUCGGUGUUUGUCUCCAUUACGCUUCAGCAGCUGUGCAGCUCGCUAAUCACAUGUACGUGAGGGGGUAGUGGGGAGGAGGCGGGACCAUGGGCUGGACGGUACGGAGCAGGGGAGACAGGGGAGUGGACUGAUUUACGGACGGUUCUUUUUGAUCUUUAUAUUGCGUAGAUCGGACCAUAGGACCAUAACGGCCUUAAAAACUAUGUUAAGUACCAAGCUUCCAAAUGGUAGACCAUAGCUUUAAGAUAACUCUGAGUGUUUUCACAGUCUCUUUUAAAAGAACCAAAGUCAGUCCUCUUUAAGUGGAUGGAAAGUCACAUUGUGAGUUAGUUUCAAAGAGGAGCGGGUUCUCUUUCUGGUCCAGUUCAAUUUUGAUGUUGCCUCAGUCCUCUCUCCGUUCACACUAGGUCUUCAGGAGCAUUUGGUCAUGAGUGCCAAGGUACUUCUAAGUUGUUUUUUUUACUUUAACUCUGCACUGCACAGAUGUUCAAUUAUAUCCGGCUGCUCCCAUCCUCUCUGAAAUUUCUUGAAAGACUUCAACAAUAUGGUGGGUCGAAUAUAGUUGUGGUUUUGUGCUCUCGUAAUUCCAAGUUUCCAAAAGACAUUCAAUUUUGUCUUCUUCCCAAAGUACGCCGUGUCCAGGUAUUGUAGCAGAGUCUUGAAGGCCAUACUUUGGAUUUGGUGUUCUUUCUUUUCUCUACCAUUCUAAGUAAUCCCGGCUGCAGUCACGUGACCAAUCUACGGCAAGCAGGAAGGGUUAUAAAUUAUAAUGCAGUGCAAAAAGCGAAGUGAACCCGUCGUGCUUUGUGUUCACAGGUGCAGAUUAGGUGAACGAUACCACAGACUUUCUGUGGUAUCUGUGCUAUACCCGAAAGCCUUCUUUCCCAUUUCAGUUUGGACUCUGGGGACAACGAACUGUAUAAAUCUCAAUGAUCUCAGGUUGUGUAAUCCGUCCUUUAAGAUCAAUAAGGAGGAGAAGUAGUCUGGAAUUUUUCCAAGAAUGCCUUUGUAAAUGAAAACGUACUAAUGACCAAGCUGACGAGUACUUAAAGAAGUCUAACUGACUUUGGAGUAUAAAAUACAGUGAUGAGUUAAAAAUCCACAAUUUGUUAUAAAUCUCAGAGCUCCAUGGUAAAUACUGUCCAACAUUUACAAACUCUGGGCAGAGGCAUUCAUGUAUAAAACAUCACCAUAAUCAAGAAGAGGUAAGAAUGUAGACUCCACAAGUCUCUUUUUAACGUUAAAAGAGAAACAGGACUUGUUUCUAUAGUAAAAGCCUAGUAAAACUUUCAGCUUUCCAACAACCUGCUGAAUAUGUUCUUUAAAAGACAAGUUUUCAUCCAGCAAAAAACCCAGGUACUUAAAAGAAGACACAAGCUCAAUUUCUUGACCGUCAUUAUUAACAAUUUUCUCUGACAGUGUUUCUUGUGAUGCUCUUGAAGAUGAAAACAACACAAGUUUAGUUUUCUCCGCAUGAAGCACAAGUUGCAGCUGCCUAAGCUGAUCUUGGACCAAAUUGAAAGCAUGCUGAAGAUUUACAAAAGCCAGCGCAGGUGUUGGUGCACAGCAAUAAAUGAAUGACUGUAUCAUCUGCAUAGAAAUGAAAGUUUGCAUUUGGAACAUUUUGUCCCAGGCAGUUGAUAUAUAUUGUAAAUAAGAGCGGUCCCAGAACUGAACCUUGAGGCACACCCUUGUGAAUUUGAAGUACCUCUGACAAGAGGCCAUCUGACUGAACAGCCUGGGUUCUGUCAAAGAGAUAAUUCGCAAACCACCCGACUGCUUGUUCUGAGAACCCAGAAGCUCUAAGAUGGUCUAAUAAAAUACAGGGAUCCACGGUGUCAAAAGUCAGAAAGACAACACUGCUUGUUGUCUAAGGCCUCUAGGAUAACAUUCACUACCUUCAUUGCAGCAGUUGUAGUGCUGUGGUUCUUCCUACAGCCGGACUGAAAUUGAGACAGAAUAGAGUAACAGGCCAGGAACUCUUUCACCUGGUCACUGACCAAUGUCUCAAGCACUUUAGAUAAUACAGACAGUUUAGAUAUUGGUCUGUAGUCUAAAAGUGUUGAGUCACCUCCUUUGAAAAGGGGGACCUCAAAGGUUGAUUUCCAAACCUCUGGGAUUCUAUUACUUCUCAAAGUGAGGUUAAAAAUGUGAGAAAGUGGUUCCGCAAUAAAAUCCGGGGUAAACUUUAAAAACAGGGGUUCCAAAAAUGUCUGGAACAGCUGGUUUGCGGGGGUUCAGAUUUUUAGAGCUAUGAAAACAUCAGAAAUUUUAAAAGGAGCAAAGUUAAAACAUGGAUUUCACAAUUGUGUCCUCCUUAAUUGUGGACACCAAUUGGGAAGUAUCCUGUUCAAAUGAAAAUCCUGCGGAUAUAAAAUGGUUAUUAAAAACAUUCAGAAUAUUUUAUUUGUUUGACAUUCUGUGGCCAUCGGUUAAAAUAUUAACUGGGAGGUUAGCAGUUUUACAAUUUGGGGACAUGGAUUUUAUUGUGCUCAAGAACUUCUUUGGGUUGUUAAGAUUUAUCGGUUGUUAAAGACGAGUAAUACUCAGCCUUGGUCUUGCGAACUGAGGAUGUAAACUUGUUUCUCAGCUGUCUUAAAGAGAGCCAAUCAGAGUCCUUCUGCGCUCUGGCCCAGGCAGAGUUACGCUCAUGAAAGAGUUCUGAUAAGUCACUUGAGAACCAUGGGUCCUCACGCCCUUUGACUCUAAAUCUGCGAAUAGGUGCAUGUUUGUCAACAAUUUUUAUAAAAGCAGAAUGAAAAUAAUUUCAGAAAAGUUCAACAUCAUCGAAGAUGGCAACUCUGUCCCAGCGAAAACUACAAAGAUCAUAAAUAAAAGCCUGUUCAACAAAAAUUUUCAUAUUUUUUAUUCAUAUAGCAUUUUCAUUAAAACGAGGGAUACUUUUCGGUAUCCUCGUGUCUCGAAUAACCCCUAUCACACAAUGAUCACUGAUAUCAUUGGGAAAGACACAGGAAGAAGUACAUUUACAGGGCUUAUUUGUUAAAACCAAAUCAAUCGAUGUAGAUUUCGGUGGGCACUUUAAGUUUGGCCUUGUCGGAGACUGAAUUAACUGAGUCAGAUUUAAAACAUCACACGUCCUUGAUGCUUGCUGUCAGCUCGUCUUUGUUUUUGGGUCUGGUGUCCCUCAUUUUCCUCUUGAUAAUACCCCAUAGAAUCUCAAUGGGGUUUAGGUCUGGCGAGUUGGCUGGCCAGUCAAGCACUGUGAUGGCAUGGGCAUCAAACCAUGUUUUGAUGCUUCUGGCGGUAUGGGUAGGGGCCAGGUCCUGCUGGAAGAUCAAAUAAGAAUAAGAAGAACUUUAUUCUUCUUUUUAUUCUGAAUAAGAAUAAGAAGAAUAAAGUUUGUGGCUGAGCGCCCUUAGAGUGGCAGCAAGUCACAGCAGCUCCUCACAGUGCUUACGUUUUUGCCUUUUUAUUGUUGUUUUUUGCACCUGAUUUGUCUUUCUUUUUAUUAAGCGGUGUUGUGUUUUGCAUAUUCCAACCAUGGGUGUGCAUUUCAUGACUCUAGCACUUUGUUUUCUUCUAAUUUUGGGAGUUUUUAAGUCCGCGUCUGGUGACCCGUUCAGUGGCUCUAUUGUUUACAGCCAUGAACAGCUGUUGGCGCUGCGCCAAGCCUGGCCACCUUCGUGGGAGAAACCUGACAUCCCCGCCAAGCUCUGCAGGAGAAGGAGAGGAUGCAGAGCAGGAGCUUAGCAUCGGGCAAAGCGGAGAUGUUUUAAGCCAACUGUCCCGUCCAUCUUCAUGGGAAACGUGAGGUCUCUCCCCAACAAGAUGGAAGAGCUCACAGCGCUGACUCGGCUGCAGUGGGAGUACCGGGAGUGCAGCCUCAUGAUGUUCACAGAGUCAUGGCUGAACAAACUCACUACGGACCCGCUCGUAACUUAGAAUGGAUUUCAUCUCGUCAGAGCAGACCGGAGCAUGAGGGAGAGUGGUAAGAAGAAAGGAGGCGGUAUAGCGGUGUAUGUGAAUGAGAGAUGGUGUAAUUCUGGGCACGUCAGUGUUAAAGAGCAGCGCUGCUCUAAGGACAUUGAGCUGCUGGCUGUGAGUUUGCGGCUAUAUUACCUGCCGAGGGAGUUUUCGCACGUUAUCGCGUUAACUGUUUACAUCCCCCCCUUGGCUGAUGCUGCUGCAGCAUGGGAACUCCUCCAUAGUGAAGUGUCCAAGCUACAAACAUCACACCCUCAGUCUCUGAUCAUUAUCUCUGGAGACUUAAGUCAUGCAUAGCUCUCCUCCAAUCUCCCUACCUUCAGCCAGUAUGUGGAAUGCUCAACAAGAGACAAUAAAACUUUGCACUUACUGUAUGCAAACACCAAGGAUGCAUACACCUCCACCCCUCUCCCCCCGCUGGGCCGCUCAGAUCACAACCUGGUGAGACUGCAGCCCAUUUACAUACCUAUGGUGAAGAAACAAGCCCCCCCAUCAGGUAUGUUAAGAGGUGGUCUGAGGAGGCCACUGAGACGCUGCAGGACUGUUUUGAGACCACAGACUGGGAUGUACUGUGCGGCCCACAUGGUGAUGACAUUGACACCAUGACAGAUUGUAUCACGGACUAUAUAAACUUAUGUGUUGAGAACACCGUACCCACCAGGAAAGUACGGUGUUUCUCCAACAGCAAACCUUGGGUGACCCCGGAACUUAAAGUCCUCCUGAAGGAGAAGAGGAGGGUCUUUAAACCUAGGGACAAGGAGGAGCUGAGGAGGGUGCAGAAGGAGCUGAAGAAGAAGAUCAGAGAGGGGAAGGCCAGCUACAAGACCAAGAUGGAAAACCUUCUGCAACAGAACAACGCAGGGGAGGUCUGGAGAGGCCUGAAAUCCAUCUCAGGUUAUUGCAGGGGCCACGAGAGGGGACCUGAAGCAGGAGACAGGGAGUGGGCCAACAAGCUGAAUCUGUUCUUCAAUAGAUUUGACUCUGCUUCCACUCCUCCCCCGACUCAUCAAACCAACAACCCGUCUGCUGCUUCUUCUUCACACCACCUCAGUUCCAUGGCACCGGCAUCAUCAACCCCCCUCCACUCACCCUUCACCACCCCCUCCAGCACCACCCCCAGCCUCUCCAUAACAGCUGACCAGGUGCGAAGUGAGCUGAGGAAGAUGAAGCCAAGGAAGGCCACGGGUCCUGACGGCAUCAGCUCCAGACUCCUGAAGGACUGUGCAGACCAGCUCUGUGAGGUGCUACUGCACAUCUUCAGCUUGAGCCUGAGUCUGGAGAGGGUUCCAGCACUGUGGAAGACUUCCUGCAUGAUUCCUGUCCCCAAGACAGCACACCCCAGGGAGCCCAACCACUUCAGACGUAUGGCCCUCAUUUCUCACCUGAUGAAGACUCUGGAGAGGAUUGUGCUGAGGAGCCUCCGCCUCCUGGUGAGCUCCCAUCUGGAUCCUCUGCAGUUUGCGUACCAGCCGAACAUCGGAGUGGAUGACGCUGUCAUCUACCUGCUGCAGAGGUCCAUGGCUCACUUGGAGAACAGCGGCAGCACUGUGAGGGUCGUGUUUUUUGACUUCUCCAGUGCUUUCAACACCAUCCAGCCUUCACUGCUCAGGGGGAAGCUCGAGAAGGCGGGAGUGGACUGUCACCUAGCCGCAUGGACCGUGGACUACCUCAUCGACAGACCACACUUUGUGGGGCUUCAGAACUGUGUGUCGGACAUGGUGGUCUGAAGCACGGGGGCUCCACAGGGGACAGUGCUCUCCCCCUUCCUCUGUACCCUGUACACCUCGGACUUCAGCUAUAACUCUGGGAGCUGUCACCUCCAGAAGUUCUCUGAUGACACAGCCUCGUCGGAUGUGUAUCGUCAGGGGAUGAGCGGGAAUACAGGACUGUCAUCAGUGACUUUGUCAACUGGUGUGGCACAAACCACCUCCAGCUCAACGCCAGUAAGACAAAGGAGAUGGUCGUGGAUUUCCGCAGGAGGAGGACACCUCAGACUGUUCCAGUGAACAUCCAGGGUCUGGACAUCGAGAUGGUGGAGUCCUAUAGAUUCCUGGGUGUCCACCUCAACAAUAAAAUGGACUGGUCAACCAACACAGACGUCCUGUACAAGAAGGGCCAAAGUCGUCUCCACCUGCUGAGGAGUUUGAGGUCCUUUGGAGUGUGUAGGACUCUGCUCAGGACUUUCUAUGACUCUGUGGUAGCAUCUGCACUUUUCUAUGCAGUGGUCUGCUGGGGGGCAGGGAGCACCGAGAGGGACAGGAAGAGACUGAACAGACUGGUCAGGAGGGCCAGUUCUGUCCUGGACUGUUCUUUAGACUCUCUGAAGGAGAUGGGUGAGAGGAGGAUGUUAGCAAAGCUUGUAUCCAUCAUGGACAAUCCCUAUCACCCACUGCACCAGACUGUGGGGGCCUUAAGCAGCUCCUUCAGCAGCAGACUUAGACUCCCACCUUGCAAGACGGAGCGCUACCGCAGGUCAUUCCUCCCUUCUGCAAUAAGACUUUACAACGAACUGCAAUGAAACUGAACUCACACCACCACUUUUUUUUUCUGGCAUUUAAAUUGUGUAUAUUGUAUAUAGUUUUAUUUUUCUUCUCCCUUUUUCCUUUUUCUAAACUUUUUCUUAAUUAUUACAUUUAUUUAAGUUCUUAAUAGUAAGAUCUUUAUUUUUAUAAUUGCAUUUUUGCACUCUUUGUCAGUGAUGCUACUCUGACAAAAAAAUUUCCCCCAUGGGGGAUCAAUAAAGGAAUGUUCUAUUCUGUUCUAUUUUAUUCUAUUCUAUUCUAUUCUAUUAAUCACCCAAGGGAAAUUCAAUUGUCUGUUGUCUCACAUAAUAUGUCUCUAAAAGUUAUCUACUAUUUGCACAAGAGUUAUAAAGCCUGAUGGCUGUUGGUACAAAAGAUCUUCUGAAUCUUUCUGUCUUGCAGCAAAGAGAGAGGAGCUGUCCACCACCAAUUAUUAUCUGGAUAAUAAGUUGGACUAGUCUAAGAAUACAGACUUCAUCUACUGAAAGGGGCAGAGCCACCUCUUUUGCCUGAAAAGACUCCGAUCAAUAGACAUCUGUAGUAAGAUGACGUGCAGAUGUUUUAUCAGUCUGUAAUAGCAAGUGUUCUGUUCUACGCUGCAGUCUGCUGGGGAGGAAGCAUCAAACACAAAGAUGCAAGACGUCAGAACAAACUGGUGAAAAAGGCUGGCACUGUGGUUGGACUCAAGCUGGACUCAGUGGAGGAUGUGGUGGAGAGACCUACACUGAGGAAGGUGGAGACUAUUCUGAAGAACAUGGAUUGCCCACUUCACAACACCUUGAUGGACCAAAGGGCCAAUGGUGGUGGACGGCUCCUCUCUCUUCACUGCAGGACAGAAAGAUUCAGAAGAUCUUUUGUACCAACAGCCAUCAGACUUUAUAAGUCUUGUGUAAAUAGCAGAUAACUUUUACAGACAUAUUGUGUGAGACAACAGACAUUUGGAUUUCCUUUCGGAGAUUAAUAAAGUCCUUCUUAUUCUUAUUCUUAUUCUUAGCUAUUAGUUAAAGAUGACAUUUUGUAAUAUAAUGAUAUCGCUGUGUUUUGUUAUGUUUGUGUAGUCAACAUUUUAAAUUUUUUGAGAGGCCCACUCUUUCUGACUCAAAACAAAGCCAUUCUCCGCCUCCGCCAACCUGAUUGGUUGUGAGGCGGAUGCUGCUCCUUUGUGCUGAUUGGUUGUGAGGCAGACGCUGCUCCCUCGUGUUGUGAGGCACGCUCCACGAUCUCCAAUAACAUGCACAAGCCCAAACAAAGUUUGCGUGCUAUAACAUCGUACAGUAGAAACCAACCAGAACGUAGUGCAAACACAAGCAAUAAAAGGAAGUAAAUACCGGAGACUCUGGCGCAAUAACGGGCGCUUAAAACGGAGGUAGACUUAACGAGCUAAAAAGCCGGGUCAACAUAAGCAUAAACGAUGGGGGAUGCAUGGGGAUCUUACGGACCCUGUAACCUUUCUGCUGGACAGGUAAACUGCUUUAACAAAGUAAGCCAAGGGUCUGUAACAGAAGUGUUUCUUGUCAAACGGGACCUGCUGUAGCCUGUUUUAGCGCCGCUAAACUGUUGACUUUGGGUCCUGGACUAUGUCACUUUAUCCUAGUUGUAGAAGUCCUGCAAACAUGGUGUUUGCUGGUAGUCUGUUGGCAUCUACAGUAGCUCUGUGGCUUAGCUUUUCUUGAAGAUGAAGUAUUUUCUUCAGCUCUUGUGGAAGCGGGCCGUGUGAGCUGGGAUGCUCUCUGGCCUGUGUUGUCUUUGAUUGUGGUCUGAGUCCUUCCACGUGAACAGAGCCUGAACUGGAUGGUGUUAGUCUCUGAUAAUGUUGUGUGUUUCUUUCCGAAGCGUUGUGUAUCCAUGAAAGGGAGGAGGCCAGAACCAGUAAUUUUCCCAUCAGCCUUGAUGACUUGAAGUGAUUUCCAGGGUUAUGCUUUCAAACUACACACAGUUAUUAUAUUAUUUGGGUUAUAUUUUAGUUUGUUCACUGUGUUUAGCCAAUGCUACAGCUCUUUUUAUGGCUCCUCACCUAUGUGCAGGGUAGGGCUGUGCAGGUACACAAACAUGCACACCAGUGGGUGCACACAGGUUAACUCCACUGUAGACCACACUGAACUAAAACUUUUUUUUACAGAUCCACAUUUACGACAAGACAAACAAACGAGGGGCUAUUUCAGCUUCUGUUAUUUAUGACCCAAUGAGAGGCUUGAUAUGUAUUAUUUUAGAGAUAAUGCUUACAGACUCGCAGCACAAAUCUGAACAGAGGUAAAAAAAAAUAAUUUAAACUUGGCAUGUUUGAAGUGAUUAUUUAAGGAAGUCACUGAAAUCAAUGUUUUAUUACCCUAUAUAACAAACCAUGCAUGUUGUGUAUGUGGUGCACUACUAUGUGGAAACCUGAGAGACAAGACAGUUGUUCAGAGAAGCUGUGCAGCAGUAUUACAUCAUGAAUCAUAGUGACAUUUUCCAACAGCCCUGUUUAAUAUGCUGCUCUGAACAGUUUAAGCUGUUUCCACUCCUGCUACCUCCUCUGUGAGGCUCCAGUGAAGUGUUUCUGCUGAUUUAAAGUCUGGCAACAGCUUUCACAUGAUAGACAAUAAAUGUCAUCAAUCUUUUCCUCCUCACUCAGAGUUCAGUGUCAUGAUGGCGGCAGAGAGACAGUUUUUCUGCUGAGCGGACACGACCAGAGAAUCCACCUGUACAAAGAGGUCAGAUCAGAGAACACCAUAUCAUAAAUGAUUCAGCUUUAUGUUCAUAUGUGGAUGAAUACUAAUAUUUUAUCCCCUUCAUUUUAUCUUUUCAACUGUGUGAAAUGUUAUGCAGGUGCAUUUCUCCUGCAAUUACAAGUUUUACUUAUAAAUAUAAGUAAAAGCAAUCAAUAAAUAAAAGCAAUCAAAUUGCUUUUAAACCAUUUCUUUUCUCAUACCUAUCCUCAGUUGAAAAAUGAAAACAGAGACGUAAAAAAAAUCUAAUUAGAAUUUUCAAUAUCACAUUACCUUUAAAGAUUAGGAGUUGUCUUUGUUUUGUCUUCUUGACUUCUGUUUAAAAGCUCAUCUGAAGUUUUACAAACUUACUCAGUUGAUAAAGUUUGUCUGCUUUUUUUAAUGGAAAUACAGGUGAAACUCAAAAAAUUAGAAUAUCGUGGUAAAGUACAUUCAUAUCAGCAAUUCAACUUCAAAUGUGAAACUCAUAUGUGAUAUCAACUCAUUACAUGCAAAGUGAGAUAUGUCAAGCCUUUAUUUGUUUUAAUCUUGAUGAUCAUGGCUUACAGUUUUUGAAAACCCCAAAUUCCAAAUCUUAGAAAAUUAGAAAAGGUUCAAUACUGUAGGCUCAAAGUGUCACACGCUCCUCAGCUAAUUAAUCCAAAACACCUGUGAAGGGUUCCUGAGCCAUUAAAUGAUCUCUAAAGGUCCUUACACACCAGGCGCAAAUUCGCCAAGCGAAUUAUUCGCCUUUUUUUAAAACAGCUUAAAGUCAAUGCAAGCUUCAACACCGGCGGCGAUUUUUCCGCGGGGCGAAAAGCAUCUUUUAUUUUUUCGCUCUUGUGUCGAAUUUUUGGGAUAUUCGCAGGCGAAUAUCUGGACCUGCUAGACCUCUGGCCAAUCAAAAGUCAUGUUGUUGAUGACGUCACAGACCCAUACGGCUGGAGGAGCGGGAGAAGUUUGAGAUUAUGAAAACGCAGAGAAAGACAGCUGAGGUGCAUCCAAAACUCUUUCUAAUUACUAAUGAAGUAGUUUUCUCACAAGAUGACACUCUCUUGUCUCCCUUAGGAGACAGAUGUCAUGCACACUUCACAGGGUGACCGCCUCAUCAUGCCUGAUUCUCCCUCUUAGCUGUUUGACAUACCGAUGAUCUGCAGCUACAGGGCCAACAGAAUGACCAGACAACUUGAAGGAUUACUGCUCAGCCCUCGCCUCUCCUGGCUGCUGCGGCGUCUCUCACAGCUUUUCCUCCUCUUUCUCCCUCGCUCAUAAUGCUAGACAUGUCAAUCAGCAGCCGUUCUCACAGCACACACCACCACUGGCACCAAAAGCAACGAUGGGAGAGAGGCUGGUAAUUGCGGUACAGGACCACCCCGCAUCUCCUCUCCUCCGUGCCGCAAAGCGACUUUAUUAAUUCGCUUUGCGAAAUGUAUAUGCAUAUUCGCUUCGCGCCCGGUGUGUAUAGGCGAAAGCGAUUUUUCGGACUGGCGAAUAUUUUCGCAUUUUCGUCUCGCUUUUUCGCUUCGCUCCGCAAAUUCGCUGGUGUGUAAGGACCUUAAGUCUGGUUCAGUAGAUUCACAAUCAUGGGGAAGACUGCUGACCUGACAGUUGUGCAAAAAACCAUCAUUGACCCCCUCCACAAGGAGGGAAAGCCUCACAUGGUAAUUUUAAAAGAAGUUGGAUGUUCUCAAAGUGCUGUAUCAAAGCACAUUAAUAGAAGGUUAGCUAGAAGGGAAAAGUGUGGAAGAAAAAGGUGCACAUGCUGCAAGGAUGAACAGAGUCUGGAGAAGGUUGUCAGGAAAAGGCCAUUCAAAAGUGUGGGGGAACUUCACAAGGAGUGGACCGAGGCUGGAGUUCGUACAUCAAGAGCCACCACACACAGAGGGAUCCUGGAAAUGGGCUUCAAAUGUUGUAUUCCUCUUACUAAGCCGCUCCUGAACAAACAACAUCAGAAGCGUUUUACCUGGACUAAAGAAAAAAGAACUGGUCUGUUGCUCAGUGGUCCAAAGUCCUCUUUUUCGAUGAGAACAAAUAUUGCAUUUUAUUUGGAAACCAAGGUCCCAGGGUGUGGAGGAAGAAUGGAGAAGCACACAAUCCAAGAUGCUUGAAGUCCAGUGUGAAGUUUCCUCAGUCCAUGUUAGUUUGGGGAGCCAUGUCGUCUGCUUGUCCACUGUGUCCAGAGUCAACACAGCUGUCUAUCAGGAGAUUUUUGAACACCAAAUGGUUCCUUCAGCAGACAAGCUUUAUGGAGGUGCUGACUUCAUUUUCCAACAGUACAUGUCACACACCCAAACAGCCGUAAGUACCAAAACCUGGUUAAAUGACCAUUGGAUAACUAUGCUUGAUUGCCACGCUGCAUUGAGGCAGUAAUUCAUGCAAAAGGGGCCCAAACAGAGUACUAAGUACAUAUGCAAGAUUAGACUUUUCAGAGGGCCAGUAUUUCUCUAUUUAAAAGCCCCUUUCUAUUAAUUGUAUGUAAUAUUCUAAUUUUCUGAGGUUUUCAAUUCGAGGUUUAUAUAAGCUGUAAGCCAUAACCAUCAAAAUUCUAUCAAAUGAAGGCUUGAAAAAUCUUGAGUUGCAUGUUAUGAGCCUGUGUCAUAUAUUCAUUUCAUCUUGUAAAUCUAAUUGCUGGAGUAAACGAACUUUGCACAACAUUCUAAUUUUUUUAGUUUCACUUGUAUAAAUAUCAACUGUUUGCAACUGUUUUUCUGCCAAAUAAAAGACUGAUGGGUGAAGUUUAAAGCUUGUUAGAAACAAAAAACAUGAUGGUAAUGAGUUUUUAAUAUCUUUGGGAAACUUUCAUUUUGAUUAAUUUCACAUCAGAGUCGCAUUUUCUCUGUUUUUUUUUUCAACAGAACGCCUCUCUGCACCAGUUUGAAGAGCAGCCAGUCGAGAAACUCUUCCCUGAGCUUCAGCACUUACCAAGCAAGUAAGUCUGAUUCCCUCUGGCUCUUUUGGCUUUGUAUUUAUUAUUAUAUGGUACAACCCAUUUUCAAAGAAAGCUGGAAGGCUGGAUAAAAUGUUGGUUAAAACAGGAUUUGAUAAUUGCAGAUAAUGAAAAGCCUGUACUCAAUUGAUCGUAGCGCAAUGGUAACAUAUCAAAUGUUGAAACUGAACACUAACUACAAGUUUCAAAAAAGUUUGGAUGGAUGUUUGUCAACUUUUAAAAACACUAAGCAAAUGUUUGGGAACUCUGAAGACCAGUUUCUGUUUCCCUGAAAAAGUCAUUUUCAGGGAAGCAGAUGUUGCUCCUAAACCUGUAGAUAUUGUUCUGCAUUAGUGGUGCCUUUACAGAUGUAAAAGAUACCCAUGGUAUGGAGUCUGAUGAUCUCUAAACCAUUAGGGAUGCUAGAAUUGAACUGUUCGCUAUGAACAAGCUGAAUGGUCUCUCUCCUCUUUAGAGUUAGAGAUGUACAGUCCGCGAUUUUCAAAGGAGUGCCAAACGGCAGUUUUCCUUUGCUAUUCAGUUCAUCUUAACUGAAUUUAUAAACAUUUUCCUCUCUAAAUUAUACUGUUUAAACCUCAUUUGUGGAUGCAGCAACAAACCCUGUAUGUACAGUGUACAGUGUAUUUUUUAGGUGAUUUCCACCACAGAGUCCCGUCUGUUUUUAAUAUAGUGCUGCCUGAGAUUCUCAGAUUUCUCCAGAUUCUAUGAAUCUUUUAAUGGUUUUGUAAGUCAGAUCACAAUGGUUAAGGUUGUAUGCCCUAUUUUACUGUUAUGUGUUACGUGUUGUAGAAUAUAGCAGGUGAUUGGUUCGUGAGAGUCCCAUGCACACGCAUGAGGACAUAGCGAGAUUCGCGCUAUAUGUGUGUUCAGUUUAUCGUUGGAUGUUGAAGGGUUCUCACUGCUCAUUGCAUGGACAUGCUAGUUAGCUGUCUGUGCCCGAGUCAGAGGCCCUAACCCAACUAAAAAUGUAUUUCCUGUAUCUGUUGUACUUAUAAAUCUGUACUUACCAGCUUAAGUUUAGUAAAAGUUGCAAACGAAGAGUCUUUAUUGUGCCAAGUGCUUUCAACCUACACACGUAGGAUCACAAAUCAUCAUCAAGGUCAGAGCACAAAAAUAUGUGCUCUCUUGGUGGAGCAGCUCACCCACCGCUUUGGAAGAAAGGACCCUAUAGUUACGCAACCAACUUGCAACAGAUGCUUUCCUGAAGGGUCUAAGAAACCAAAAGGUGGCCUAUGAAGUCAUGAACAGAGAUCCAUGCUCCCUUGCAGAGCCUCAGCAGAGUGUAGAAGCCCAGGAACGUAACUUCAGAGCCACUGUGAGGCGUGAGUCUAAAACAAAGAACAGAACUAGGCGUGCUUUUUGGGCCAGUAACGGUGACGCCUGCGUAGGCCUGGACGAUAUAGAAAAAAAGCAUAUCGAUAAAAAAUAAAUCAUAUUGAUCGAUAUCGAUAAUUAUCGAUAUAAUUAUUAUAAUUAUUUAACAUAUAUUUUAAUUGCAGCCCUGGAUGUUUUAUGCUAUUGCUUAAUGACCUACUUUUAAUAAAGAACACAUAAGCACUGAAAUCAAAUUCAAACCUUUAUUCAACCACCUUUUUAUUUUUUUUUUUACCACAACUGAAAGUUUUUUAAAAAAGAACUUAAAAAAAAAAAAAAAUCAACUUAAGUGGCCUGAGUGACGUCAGUAAAUACUGACAAACAUAAAGACUAAAGUGACCAGAAAAUCUGUUAAAUAAAUAUUUAAAUAGUCUUUUGAUGAAAAUAAACAAAACAAACAAAUAUAUAAAUAAACAGAAUAGCUUUAGGUGGGAAUAGCAUACUACCAGUUUUAACUGUGUGAGAAACUGCCCACAGCCUGGUGUCUGAACACUGAAAUAUUUCUCCCGGGGUCGGGAGAUUUAUUUUUUUUAAUUAUCAUGUGAUUGACUUAAUACGCAAACUGAGCACGAGAAGCAGGACUUAUCCACGCCGGUGUUGUGUCGUAGAAUGCACCCCUGCCGAACGCACCCCCUGCUAGUAGCCAUGAUCCAAAUACUCGCGUCUUUAUAAAAUGUGAGCUCAUUUUCUUCCACUUUAAGAAGCUAAUGAGUGGACAGGAUGCAGGGGUGCAUUCUACAGCACAACACCGGAACGUAUUUCCUCCGCACCCUUCUCAGCUUUUCAACCCCUGACCCGUUUUCAUGCCUGAAGCGCUGUGUUUGAGAAAUACUUGCGGCCGGGCACUUCAUAUCGCGGGUCAAGAGUGGCUAGAAGCUGGUCUAAGCCAGGCUUUUCAACGGUAGUUAUUGGCAGUAUGUCCCUCGCUAUGGAGCAUGUCACUGCAUGGGUGAUGUCCUUAUGCCGCUUGGACGCUUUGUCGUAUUUUGGCAAGAAACGAAGUCCAGUUUGGUCUGCUUCACUUGCUUUGUGCUGGCAGCGGUUCCAGAGGAUUCCUCCGACGACGACGUGGAGUCGCGGCGCGGCCGACACAGCUCGUACUCCUGCGGGUGCGAUCGGUUUAGAUGGUAGAACAAGUUGGUUGUGUUACCAGACUUGGUUUUUACUAAUUCUCUGCAAAUUUUGCAAACGACCGCUGUUCGCUUUUUGUCAGACUUGUAAAAACCAAAACAUUGCCAUGCUGGUGAACUACUGAAACCUUUUUUCGGGACAAUUUCCUCCGCUUCUCCUUGCUGUAACAUUAUUUCUAAUACACGUGCUGUCUGUUGUGGUUUGAGAGGGGCUGGGCUUGGUGCCGUAGCGUACCUGGGUCUGCGUUUGUGAUUGGUUGGGAGGAAGUAAUGACUGUAGUAAAAGCUACAUGAUAGGCUAUGAUGAAAAAGAAAGGGAAACUGUGUUUUUCUAUCGAACUUUUUAUCGACCCGUUUUUUUUCUAUCGCACCACACGUCUAUCGAUCGAUAUAUAUUGUUAUCGAAUUAUCGUCCAGCACUACGCCUGCGAGGAUAUCACUGCUUCAGCUCGCAGGGUGCAGACUCCACAGUAUGUGACAACAGAUCAGUUCACUGCACUAACAGACCAAGUCAAGACCCCUGUUCAUACAGUAGAGAAGCUACAGCUGCAGUUUGAACACUUCCAGUCCACCUACAAUCAACAUCAGCAGACUAGAAUGACAACACAACUACCCCCAAUGCUGGAGAGGAGGCCGAACCUAUUUCAAGUGCAGCCCAACCAAACAUGCUCCCAAGUCUCCAAGCCCAACCAUUGGGACAGUUGGUCCAUGUUUCAAAUGUAGAAGAUCUGGACACUUAAGGAAGGAUUGCAUGAGGUCAUCAAGUUCAACAAGUGCAUGCAACCAUAAUGGCGAGGACAUAGGCCAACGAUUGCAAUCAGGAGCAUCACUAAACUCAGAUAACCAACCACAGGGACUUCAGAAUGGCUGUACCAAAACAAACAAACAAAGGUGAGAGUCUGUAGAUUCCAGUGACUGUGAAUGGACACUGAGGCUCGGACAACUACUCACUUGUAUCGUUCAGUUAAGGGUGGGGUGGGCAGGAUCUGAGAAAGUGCCAGUUUUUGGGAGGAUUCUUGAAUGUAAACUCUACCCCUCCCAACCAGUUUUUCCCUCAUCUCCUCCUCUCCCCUGCCUCUCUGCUCCAGCAAGCCCCGCCCACAAACAGACGCUCCUGCUCGCUCGUAUUGUUUUAAUUAAACUCAGAUAGAAUGCCGACAAAAACUUAAGAUGUUUACAAAUGGGGCCCAGUCAAUGUGAAAGUAAAAAGCAUUGGUGCUACAGUUGAUGCCCACAGACUAGUCUCCGUUAUUUACUUUGUUUUCUUGCUUGUGUUGGCAGUCAUGGCCAAAGGAGGAUUCAGACAAUUUCCUUACUUUCUGGUUGGUUUACAGUGCAUCUGGAAAGUAUUCAUACCACUUCACUUUUUCCACAUUUUGUUAUGUUACAGCCUUAUUCCAAAAUGGAUUAAAUUCAUUUUUUCCCUCAAAAAUUCUACACAAAAUACCCCAUAAUGACAAAGCUAAAAACUUUUUUUUAGAACAUUUUGCAAAUUUAUUAAAAAUAAGACACUCAAAUGUUGCAUAUACGUAAGUAUUCACACCCUUUGCUAUCAAACACAAAAUUGAGCUCAGGUGCAUCCUGUUUUCACUGAUCAGCCUUGAAAUGUUCCUCCAACUUGAUUGCAGUCCACCUGUGGCAAAUUCAGCUGAUUGGACAUGAUUUGGAAAGCCACACCUGUCUAUAUAAGAUCCCACAGCUGACAGAGCACGACAGAGCACAAACCAAGCCAUGAAGUCAAAAGAAUUGUCUGUAGACCUCUUAAACAGGGUUGUAUCAGCACACAGAUGUGGGGAAGGUUACAGAAAAAUAUCUGCUGUAUUGAAGAUCCCAAAAAGCACAGUGGUCUCCAUUAUUAAGAAAUGGAAGACGUUUGGAACCAUCAGGACUCUUCCUAGAGAAGGGCCUUGGUCAGGGAUGUGACCAAGCACCCGAUGGUCACUCUGACAGAGCUCCAGCGUUCCUCUGAGGAGAUGGGAGAACCCUACAGAAGGACCACCAUCUCUGCAGCACUCCACUAGUCAGGCAUUUAUGGUAGAGUGGCCAGACAGAAGCCACUCCUCAUUAAAAAGCACAUGACAGCCCGCUUGGAAUUUGCUAGAAGGCAUCUGAAGGACUCAAAGACCAGGAGAAACAAAAUUCUCUGGUCUGAUGAAAUGUAGAUCGAACUCUUUGGCCUGAAUGCCAAGCGUCAUGUCUGGGGGAAACCAGGUACCAUCCCUACAGUGAAGCAUGGUGGUGGCAGCAUCAUGCUGUGGGGAUGUUUAUCAGCGGCAGGAACUGGGAGACUUGUCAGGAUCGAGGGAAAAAUGAAUGCAGCUAAGUACAUCGAAAUCCUUGAUGAAAACCUGCUCCAAGUGCUGAUGUGUAUAUAUAUAUGUAUAUACAUAUAUGUAUAUACUAGGCCUGCACGAUAUAUCGUUUGACUAUCGUCAUCGCGAUGUACGUGUGUGCGAUAGUCACAUCGCAGAGCCUGCGAUAUUGGAGGUGAAUGAACUCAUUUAAUUUCAAGGGUAACCGACUGAGAUACACUCCAUGUGACUCUGCAUGUGCUGUGCAGCGAUCCACCAAUCACCUUCGUCCUUAACUCAGUUGCCAAUCAGACUCACUUCUCAGUUGCCAAUCAGACUACCCUGCCAGCUGUCAAUCAAAAUCAGGGAGGAGAAAACCCACCCCUGCACAUGUUCUGCACAUGGAGGGAGACGUGUGUCCGCUGAGAAUUACUUUCGGAACUUUACUCAUGACUAUUAAGCCCAACAAAUAAGAACUGUAUGGGUUUUAAAUUGUACAUUUCCGUGGACCACUCUACUAUAAGCGGUGCGCGUUUUGCGAGGUGCAUGCAAUUCUCGGAAGACAUGCGUUUCUCGGCACAACACCGCUAACAACAACAACAACGAUUACAAAAUGAACAACGAACAAGAGAAAACCACCGAAAAUGAAGAUUUGUUGCCAAAAAGAAAAGGAAAGUCAGUUAUCUGGAAUUAUUUCGGUUAAAAGAAGGAUGAUGGCGACCAAAACACGUGUUCUGUGUUCAUCUGUCGCCACAAGAACGUCCCAGCACAAUAAAAGCUAAAAAUAUCUCUGAGACAGACAGAAGCCAUUCUACUAACAUUCACAAAAAGAGGUAAGAUCAGUGCAGGUUAACUGUCCUCAAGAUUUCAGCAGUGCAGCAUAACAUUAAGUGCUAUUCAGGUCAUCUGGUGAAAAUUCCUGUAUUUUUAAUAUCACAAUAUAUAUCGAAGGGUUGAAGUAAAUCGCAAUAUUAUUUUUUUCCAAUAUCGUGCAGCCUUAGUAUAUACAUAUAUAUAUAUACAUAUAUGUAUAUAUGUAUAUGUAUAUAUGUGUAUAUACAUAUAUGUAUAUAUGUAAAUAUAUAUAUAUAUAUAUUUUUGUAUGAAUGAAAAAUCUGAUUACUGAUUAAUCAGCCGAUUCUUUAAAAGUUUUUAUGAAGUUUUAAAAUUUUGUUAAUUUAAGUAAUAUAUCUAUAUAUUUACUUGUAUUUUUUUAACAAAUGGCUGCUUUUGGCCAGAAAACCGUUUUUAUUUCUAAAACAACUGAAAAAGAAUUAGGUAUUUUGUGUAAAGAAUCUGUCAAGUUAUAUAUGGGCCAUUUUUAAACCCAGAGCCUACAUUAAGCAACUUUCAUAGUUGUGUUCACAUAGUAUGACUUACACUACACCCCUGGCUAUAUAUUUUAACUGUAAUAAAGAUGAUAAACAGAUUCUUUUCAGCUUGUUAUUCAGACUGUUAUGGGUUGAUAUGAUGUCAUAUACAAGACCGGACUGUGUUCAAUUGAUGGCAGAAAUGUUGCAGAGACAAGAUAUUUCUGAUGUCCGAUUAUUUGCAUACUAAGAACACAUUGGAGUGGAUGAUGCUGUCCUCUACAUGCUUCACUGUGCCCUGUCUCAUCUGGAGGAACCUGGGGUUUAUGUGAGGAUCAUGUUCUUAGACUUUUCAAGUGCAUUCAACACCAUCCAACCUACCAUACUCAAAGACAAGCUCACAGAGAUGGGAGUGGAUCCUUCCUGUGUUUCCUGGAUCACAGAUUACAUGACAGGAAGGCCACAGUUUGUCAGGCUGGGGAACUGUGUUGCUGGGACAUUAAUGAGCAGUACAGGGGCUCCACAAGGGACAGUGCUGGCGCCAUUUCUGUUCACACUGCAUACGUCAGACUUCAAAUACAGUACUGAGUCCUGCCACAUCCAGAAACACUCAGAUGACACCGCUAUUGUGGCAUGUAUCAGAAAUGAACAAGAAGCUAAACACAGGGAUCUGAUAAGAGCCUUCAGUGAUUGGUGUCACAAAAACUGCCGCCUCCUCAACACCUCAAAGACAAAGGAGAUGGUCAUAGACUUCCGUAGAUCGUAACCACCUCUUCAGCCAGUCUAAAUGAAGCCUGGGAAAUGAGAGACUGCCCUGUUACUCCCCUAUUCAAUUUUACACCUGUGUCUACUGCCCAUGUCUUUGGUGCCAUUUUUAACUUAAGUAUAAAAACUAAGAAGGUUCCCAAAGUCUGGAAGUUGGCCUUUGUGGUCCCGCUUCUGAAGGGUGGUGACCCUUCAGAGGUAAAUAACUACAGGCCAAUUUUCAAAUUGUGUCCUUGCAAAAAUGUUUGAAAAGAACAUUAGUGAGCAUAAAAAGUGUUUUUAGAGUCUGGUUUUAGAAAGCAGCACAAUACUGUUACUGCUGCCUUGAAGGUUUAAAAUGAUAUUAUUCAGUUUUUAGAUUGUAAAGAUUAUUGCGUGGCAAUUUUAUUGACUUGUCAAGGGCAUUUGGUUCUGUUGAUCACGCACUUUUAGUUAAUGCGCUGCAUAAGAUCGGCAUCUCAAGCCAGGCAUCCACCUGGUUUUUAGAUUACUUAUCUAACAAAACGCAGUGUGUCCAAUUGACUGGUUCAUCCUCUUCUUUUCUCAACAUCACAAAAUACCUCAAGGAUCAAUUCUAGGACCAAUUUUGUUUAAUAUUUAUAUUAACAAUCUGUGUGACAAUUUAUCAAAUGUCAUCAUUUUUAUGCUGAUGACACGUUAUUUAUUGCAGCUCAACCUCUCUUGCUCAGGCUCUAAAGUUUUUACGAACAGCUUUUAAUUCUGUUCAGGCUCAGCUAUCACUGAAAUUGGUUUUACAUGCAGAGAAAACUAAAAUUAUGUUUUUUUUCUCACAGGCAUGAGAUAGCAGAGCAAGUCAAGGCAAUUACAUCAAUCAAUGGCACGCAGAUAAAGAUGGUUAUUUAUUUUAAGUAUUCGGGUUUUCUACUCGACCAGGAGCUAUAUGGCGCUGAUGGCGAAACUGGGAUUUUAUUAUCAAAAUAAAUCCAGUUUCUUCCUAAGAGCUCGGAAAUAUCUUGUCUCUGCAACAUUUCUGCCAUCAAUUGAACACAGUCCGGUCUUGUAUAUGACAUCAUAUCAAAUGUCACUGUGCAUUAGACACUGUCUAUCAUUGUGCACUACGUUUUGUGACUGGUUGUGGUCGCCUCACUUACCAAUGUGAGCUAAAUGCCAAAGUUGAGUGGUCCUCCUUGAGCUCCAGGAGGUACACCCAUUGGAUGUUGUUGAUUUAUAAGUCUCUCCUUGGACUGGUCCCUUCCUACCUCUGCUCUCUUCUGCAGAAAUCAAGAAGUGCCUAUGCCUUACGGUCUUGUGCAGCUUUUCAUUUAAAUGUGCCCAGAGACCGAACUGAAUUGGGGAAACAGGCUUUUUGUUAUGCUGUACAUCCUGGAACACUACAAACAGAGCUGAAAAUGCCAGAACUGGUUUUUAUUGAAAUAUUUUCGUUCCAUUUUAUUUGCUAAGCAACAAGAAUCCUAUGAACAACACCUGUGUUUUCAAAUUUUAAUUGUCCCAAAAUGUUUGUUGCACUUCAACCGUGAAUUUGUUGUUGGUUCCCUUAUAUUUAUUAUGAGGCGUGCUGCUGAACUCUUGGCCAGGUCACCCUUGUAAAUGAGAUCAUGAUCUCAGUGGGAUUUUACCUGGUUGAAUAAAGGUUCAAUAAAAAAACAAAUAAAACUCUCAUGACUUUUCUGCUUAAUUUAGUGAACUUAAUUCUCAAAUCUUGAGUGAAACACACGGUCCUGUUUUCCCCCCCUGCAGUGUGCUGUGGUUGGAUGUGUUGAGUAUUUCUGGUGAGAGGCGACUCUCUGCAUUCGGCUGUCAGAACGGCUGCGUUGGACUGGCUCUUGUCGACCAGACACAGCGAGGUGAGAAGGAAGACAAAAAUCUGUUGUAUCUCGUCUGUCUGGGAUAUGUAGAUGCAGAAGGAGGCUUCGUGACACUGGCUCGUUUGUAUAAUAGGAAUUUAUUUCAAAGACAACACCAGUAUCAGAACAGCACUGCAGUUGUUGAGAGGACUGUCAGUGAUGUCCAGCUCUCCCAAACCUGAGUUUGGGAUCAUGUUAUAUAGGGUUAGAGGUUUUAGGUUCUCCUACAUCCUCUGUUUAUCUUUAAGUUAUAUUUCUUUACCAUCUGCUUUACACCUAUCUGACCUGUGACCAGCAAACCCGCAACAGCCAGGAUGUCUGGACCAUGUACCAUAAAAGAGAUCCAAUGCCCACACUUCACCAUUUGCUUAUCUCAGGCUAUCCCUGGGAAAUGCUUUAAUGCGUUGCAUGUUGGUGCUGUACUCCAGAUACCACACAGCUCUUCUAUUUAAAAAAAAUAAUGAGUUGGAAUAGAAUUAACAGCGUCACUGAUCAAACUCGCAAACAUUUACUCAGUCCUCUAUGUCUAAAAUAGUUUCAGAGUUUGUGGUUGGUAUCAACAUGUUGUUUACAAUCCACAAACUAAAUUUAACGAACUGAGUUUUCCUUUUUUUCUCUAAACUAUCACACAUAAAUACCUUGAGGACUCAAAGUAUAUCCAGUAUUUUAGAGAGUUUAUGCAAGAAACAGCAAAAUGUUUUUAUAAGUGAAAAAAAGUACAACUUUGAAACAGUUCAAAACAAACACAGACUCUCUUUUCCAUGCUUUCUUUUUUUACUGGGCAAUUGUGUUGCUUAUUAAGACUCUUUGGCCUUAAACAUGUAAAAAAAACCGCAGUGUGCAGCUAAUUACUUGGAUUGACACCUACCUGCCACCAUAAAAUAACUACAGUAAUAGUCAGGCUUGCUGUCUUUGCAUAAUCUUUAAUUCAUAAAAAAGACAUAAAUAUUCAUUUCAGUUGGUUUAAUUACCAGCUCCAAAACUCUGCAUUAGAUGCUUUAAAACAAGUCAGAAAAUCUUUCAGUUGUCUGUAUAGGUUCUCAAUCAUCCAGGUAGUGGUUAUCCAAUUCUUUUGUGAAACGGCAACUGGGAAAUGCUGAUGGGCUUUUUGAACUCACAUCAUGCAGAUUUGUCUCUCAAGAUUAAGCAUUUGCAGAUUGUCAACUGAGUCUGCAUGUGCAUACAAAUGUGCAUACAAAUGUGCUACAAUCAAACAAGAGCUAGAAAUUGGAAAUACAGAUUAAUUUUAUGUCAAAAACCCCUUAUCAAUGGGAUCAUUAGUAGACAGGAAGAUACUUUAAUGAUUUUUUUACAUUUUGCCUGUUCUGUUUCAGAGGUUUUGCAGAACUGGAGGUUCCAGUUUGACAGUCCAGUCUCUACAGUGAAACUUUUUCCUCUAAGCUGCCAAAAUAAACAAGGAGAGAAAAGUAAGCAACUCUUUUUGACUUUUUUUAGUUAAUUGUGGACGCACAUUUUUGGGCUUUGGCCAGGAUUUGCUUCAGACUUAAUGCCUGUGUCUGGUCUGUUUUAGGUGUGGAAAUUGAAAGCUACAACCUGCUGGUAACAAGUACAAUAGAAAUGGCUGUUGUCUACAGGUAAGAAUUAGAUUACUUCAGAACAGUUGUUACUUUGUUUUUAGUAUUUUUCCAAGUCUGAGUUUAGUACACUGGCCCUCAUUUAUCAAUCUUGCAUGGAACUGAACGUAGAUCUGGUCGCAGGAUUCAUUGUACGAUAGGACAAGCAUGAGAUUUAUGAAGGGGUUCAUAUCUGACCAAUCUCAGUGACAAAUGAUUGGUUCUAGAUAGAUAUGGAGGCUGAAAUCAAUCGUCAUUAACAUGUCACGCCCUUAAAUAUUUGUGGUUCAGGUCAAACAUGGAGAGGAGAAAUAUUAGAAAGAUGCAAAACUUUUCAGAGCUGAAUGUGGAUACCCUCAUGUCUAAGUUUGAGACUAACAAGGAUGUGCUCUUUGGAAGCAUAAAAACUGGUAUAAAAAGAGUUCAGAAAAACCCUGUCUGGAGCAGGAUUACGGUGGCGGUGAACAGUGUUGCCACAGAAUAGUAGACACUGGCUGAAGUUUGAAUAAAUCAUUAUAAAUAAGUAGCCCAUGGUGACAAAUUAUCUUAUACAUGCCUCAUAUUUUUCAUUGCCGUGACAUAAGUUGCUGCUGUUAUUAAAAGUAUUUAGUUUUAAUUUGUUGCUUCUUUAUUAUGAAGAGAGAACUGGAGAUUCCGACAGAGGCUUCAAUAUAUUUACUAAAAAAUUGCAUUUCCUUGCAGAAAAUGUGAGGAAAUGCUGAGUGCUGAAAAAGCAAUGUAAAACUGCUAAAAAAAAUGGAGAAAGGUAUAAAUGUAAAAAUGUUGAAGAGGGGAAGAAGAAGAAAUAUAAGUUGUAUGAAUGUGAACAUUAUUGAAGUAAAGGUAGGAUAAAUGUGCUACUUAAGUUGAAAUUGCAUUCAUGUAGAAAGAGGCUGAAAAAAUGUCUGAAAUUACACAAAAUUUGUAUAAAGAAGAGAAUUACCUUAAAAUGCAGGAAAGUAACAAGUGGCAUAAGUUAAAGUAGUAGUACGCAUAAUAGUAUGAAUAUGAGUAGUAGUGGAAGUGACAUUAGUAGUUAUAGAAGUAGUAGUCGUAGUUUUAGAAAAGAAGAAGGAGAGGUCACAGUAGUCACUAGUAGUAGUAGUGUGUGUGCGUGUAGGUUUCACAGGAAGAGACUUAAGAACACGGUCAAAGUGUGUGUGUGUGUGUGUGUGUGUGUGUGUGUGUGUGUAGGUCUCAAAGGCAGAAAUAGAUUCAGGUACACAGGGUCAGAGUGUGUGUGUUAGCGCUUUAGGCAGCAUGGCCAAACUUCCCCAUUGAUUUCUAUAGUAUAAAUUUUAGCACAAAAAGUGAAAUACUACUAAAAGUAUAAAGGUUAGAAAGGUGAAAAAAUACAACAGCACUGGCCCUGAAGGAGUGAAAUAGUAUAAAGGUUGAAUGGUAGAAAUAUCACAAAGUGGAAAGGAGCUAAAAACAGCCAAAUAUUGGUGGAAGAAUAAUAAUAACUAGAAAAUUGCAUUCCCUUACAGAAAAUGUGUGGAAAUGCUGACAGCUGAAAAAGCCAAGCAGAAGUGCUAAAAAGGAGAGGAGUAUGAAUGGAAAAACUGUUUAAAGGGUGGAGUAGAAGAAGAAGAAGAAAUUGUUGCAUGAAUGUAAAACAUGCAGAAUAGCUAAAUGAAAAAAAAAAUUUGUAUGACUUAUGUGAAUAAACAGAAAUGAUUAUCAAUAUAAGUGAUUUGGAAAAACAAAAGCCUAAACAUUAAUUAUAGCAAUGUUCCUAUUCAGUGUACAAAUAGUAAAAAGAUGUUUGCACUCUGCAGCAUCUAACCAUUUUAACUUGUGAAGGCAUAACAGCACCAUCUACAAGCGUGCUUCAGUUACUGCCUUACAUACGAAUGUAAAAAGUAUUAAAGAGCUAAAGUUAAAGUAGUUGUAUGAAUUCCGAAACUAAAGAAAAGCAGAAGAGAAGAAUAAGAAAUAGUAUGUAUGUUAAAACAGUCAAAGACCUGAGCUUUAACAACAUAGUAAAAAUGCGGGUGUAGCUCUCAUAGACAGAAAGACAGUACUGUACACACAUGGUAACAGUGUGUGCGUGCGUGCGCGCACCUGAGCCUGUGUCCAGUGAAUCAAAGCACACAGCCCAUGAGAAGAGCUUCCAAUGCGAAUGAGGCAGAAACCGUCUGAACUCCUUCCCCUAGCGCAAUUUCCUUAACUUUUAUCAUGAAAGUACGGUAGAAAUCCUAAGAGUCUCGUGAAGACGAUGCAUUUUUCAUUUACAUAGUGUAUAAAAUGUGGCCACAACAGCGAGUUAAAAACAGCAUCGCUGUAGUGAUUUUCAGGGUUCCCUGGCCGAAAUUUAACAUGAGCGUUAGUGGGCAGAACGUCUGCACACCUUGGAAAACUACUCACCUCCUGUCAAAGUGGUACAAUUUGAUGACUUAAGACCGCUCUUUGUGAGAAGCAGGACUAAUUUAUCUACAGUUUGAUGUAUUUUUUAUGUCUGUGGAGUGAAAAUUGUUGGCAUGGGAGCAAAAUAUUCAUGCUAGCUGUAGUCAGUCUGAAAUUAUCUCCCGCUCUAGAAUUUCCAGUACACAUUUGUUGUAAAGGCUGGAAAGGGCAGAAAAGUUUGUGUUGCUGAAAGCUAAAUUGUGCAAAAACAGUAGGAGGUAGUACAAAGAAGUGUGUACAACAAUUGUAGCAGACAACAUUGUGAACAUUUUCAAGAAAAAAUGAGGUAUUGUUGUAGAAAGUCCAGCAUAAACAAUGCACAGGAGACAGGAUGAGAUCUGAAGAACAGCCUGGGGCGUCUUUAAUAGUACAGAUGUAGAAAUCAGUACAGAUGACAAACAGAGUCUCGACCAAGACCGAAGGAAGCCUCUCUAGCUUUUCUUCUACUCCCUUUUAUCCUGUGUGUGUGUGUGUGUGUGUGUGUGUGUGUGUGUGUGUGUGUGUGUGUGUGUGUGUGUGUGUGUGUGUGUGUGUGUGUGUGUGUGUGUGUGUGUGUGUGUGUGUGUAUGUGUAUUCUCCAGAAGGCCCCUCAUGAUGUCAUAUCUGCCCCACGACACUUUGUUUAGGUUAGUCUUGACCCUGGCAGAGAUUACAUGUUCCAACAGACAGAUAGUUUGGGCUCCUGCAAGACAGCCUUGCUUACAAUCUCAUGGUCGUGGGGCUGCAGGAGCAGGCCAAUCUAAAUUAUUUGUAGCUUCUUACUAAAAGAUAAUUACUCUACAUUUCUUAACCUAAAUGUAUGAAGAGAUUCCCCUACACAGUCCCCCCUUUGAAAGUUCUUACUUUCAUAAAAACCUAAUCAUCAUAUCAAACACUAAACAUCCUUACGUGAUUAAAAUAGAACCUGUUCACUAAUUUCUAAAUCCUAUGUGUACGAUUUGCUGCAUCUAAGACUUCAUAAUACCACAUGAAACAAAAAUCAAUACCAUAGCUAGGAUCAUUUCAAAUUAUAUCAGCGCGUAAGACUGAAAACCCUGCUCGGCUGUUUCAGCAGGGAAAGAAUCUUGCGGCCCCGCGCCCUGACGACCAUCCAUUUCCUGGAUGCGUUGACAUAAUUUCAUUUGCAUAGAAGAAGUGUCAACUUCUGAUAAUACCAUUACAUUACAUUGUAGCAACCUGCGACAAACCCCUUGAUUAAUAUGUGAUUAACCCCUUGAUUAAUGUGUGAUUAGUGUAGUCCUUUAACUCUGCAAAUGAAACAUGUUCAGUUCAAUAUCUCCAGCUCACUGGAUAUGUUGUUUGUGUUGCUCAAAGUCCAUUGCUCUUCUUCUUCUCCUUCAAAGUCCAGGAACCGUUCAGGUCCCUCAGUCCCUCCUUGAUUAAUCACACACUGUGCCAGCUGUUUUGGUGGCAUUUCCUGUAGUUCAUGGGCCAGUGUUAGGUCCACUUUAAGUCCCAUCUCCUCCGUCAGCUUCCAACAAUGUCUCCAAAGGAUGUGUACGAUGCGACAUGUGAGAAAGGAAAUCAGAAUUAGGGCUAUCGCAGCACUCAUGGCUGGGCCAAAACGGCUCUCAUUCAUCUAAAAUUUGGACCACCCAGUCCAUUAACAGGCCCCCCUUACCAGCAUUCUCCCGCAUUUCCACUUUAAACUUUUCUUUACCCUUCAUAGCUUUAGAAAAACCUCCCCCAGGGGCUUGUUUUGUUAGAAAUGUAUCUGCAACAGUACUUUCCAAACUUUUAAGACACAUCUUGUCUCUUCAAAUACCCAAUUUAAUGCUUGUCUGUAUUGACAUGUUACUGGACUUGUUACAUGUAAAUAUCCUUUAAUCUAAACAUCUUCGCUGAAUAAUUAACAAAUCAAAUCAAACAAUAAUUUCUUUCACAUAAUUGCUUAACUUUAGGUUAAAAAAAACAAAAAACAAUUCUUCUCUUAUUUGUAAAAAAAACUGGCAUGGGUUCUAGCUCUGUCUGGAGUGGUGUGGAUUGUGUUUUGGGUUGCAUCGUACUCACCCGCGAUAACAAUGUCUCCCACUUCUUCUUCUCACAGCUGUACUGGCACCAGUUUGACCUUCACCCUCAUUGUUGUCAUCAGUCUCUCUCUCGGUCUCUCUCCACACAUUGUCCCUCAGCAGCAACACCAGGAAAACAGUUACUUUCAGGACGAGUGCUACAGUCAUUCUGGGAGUGUCUCUUAUCAAGUCAUACUUCCCUUGUUUUUCUGGGCAGUCAGUGGUAGAUGACGCCACAUCAUAUUGCCCUCUUCCUGCACUGAAGUAGAGUUCACCAGGACCACAGUGUUCAGGUCUUCUCCUCGUUCUUUGUGCCACCCUCCUCAAAGGACGUUGAUGUAUACCUGGUGCUCUGGCUCGACUGGCCUCCACCUCUUGACUGGGAUCAGAUUUUGGCACUCCUCCUGCUAAUCGAUAGAUCUUUGCAUCGUAGUUAGCUGCCUCAUAUAUUUAAUUCACUAAUUUUCAGCUGCUCAAGCGAAAAGCUUAAUUGUUUAGCCGCAGUAAAGCAUAGCUCUGUAGGUUAGAAAUUCAUGCAGUGAAAGAUUUAUCACCGUGCUUUUGAUUGUGAAAGCUCAUAAGCGCAAGUAGCAAAACAUCUUUCUAUAGGUUAGUGUUAGUGCAAAUUCUCUGAUCUGAUAUUUACUUGAGAGAUUAACUUUCUUCCCCAAAAUGAUGUACCAAAUCAUGCAGUGACAGAUUUAUUUUGACUCCAAGAUCUUUUGAUGAUGUUGCUUCCAUCCAUCGACUGAACCCGUCAUCAUUACAAACAUGUAACAUAUCCCUUGGCAGUUUUAAUCAUGUCCACAUUGUCUAUGAAUAGAUUUCUAAAAGCGUCUCUCUGGAACUGGAAAAGUGUCCCGCUACUGUUUUAUUGUUCUCUUCAAUUCAUCUAAAAAACACAUAUCACAAUGACCCAAAAGUUUAUCAACUAUUGUCAGCAUAUUCUAAAAAUCUCAUGUUUUAAUUGUCUCAUUAUCUCCCCCCUUGCACAGUGUGAAUCACUGUGAAAGUCAGAUCCUAAGUUCGCUUGUUAAUACUAUUGACCCCUUAUUGACCCCUGAUAGCUUCCCAUUACUUUUACUUUUACACUAGGUGGCACAUCUGUGAGGAGUGUAUGCGGAUUCAGCACAGCUGUAUUUAGAUUUAUCAUUAUAAAACUAACAGAAUAGAAAUGUUACAAUGUUAAUGUCACGAUAUUCACUUAAAACUAUAAAUCAUAACUGUCUACGUACACACCUUGCGGUGAGCACCAAAUUUGAAUGUUACUUCUACAUAGGGCUCUUUGGUCUAUAAGGUCAACAGGGUUAAAAUUAAAACUAACAAUUAACUUUUUUCCAUCAUCCACAAAAAUCACACUGUAGUAAGCCACCACUUUCACAUUGUCUGGGCUGGGGCCCCCCACCACAGCUCCAGCCAGAGGCAUCCCUGGUCUGGGCAGUUGUCAAAAAUGUCCGGUAUGAUCACAUCCCCAGCAGGCCUUUAGACGUCACUCGUCCGUCAGAAUUCCACUCUCUCCCCCUGCCGGGAUGUAUCAUCUCUAUGGAGCAGGGUUCUGUCUGAGGAUAAACAUUCACAACAGGUGAUCAAACAGGUUACUGUCACAGGCUUUACUGCAGUUAGCGUCUGCACGGUCUGCAUCACUGGGUCUCUUUUGCAGUGUCCCCCUUAGAGGUGGCUGUUUCAACUUCCGCUGAAUGUUCUUUUCCUGUUCUUUCGGUCUCCGCUCUUCAUCUGGCAGCACCCUCCACAUCACAUCACAAUAUGCAUUGAACUCACUCCCAUCAGUCAUGGGAUUCGUCAUCCAACCUUUUUUUUUUUGCCUUGUGCAGAAACUCCUCCAUCAUCUUAGUUCCCAGCAGUUUAGCCAAGAGUGCUUUCAUGUCUGGUGUAGUCAACAUUUUCCUACAGUUCAUCCUCAAAAACUCGUAUCCAUCUCCCUGCCCCCUGUUCAGUUUGUGGUAGUCUGGCAAUCAACCCAACAAGGUGUGUGGUUUUCCACGGCACAUAGCUAGCCUGUGUGCCCUUUUUAAGAUUGAAAACAUACUAUCAGUGCAUCUUCAGGUGAACAUAAUCUAGGCCAGGGGUGUCAAACUCAACCACAGCAAGGGCCAUAAUCUGGAUUUAGGUCUAACCUCAGGGCCAAACAGGGUCAAAAUUUCGCCAAAACUGUCAAUCUCCUUUUCAAAACAUAUGGGACAAAAAUAGCAAUGAUUUUAAAUCAUUUGGAAAUUCAAAAGAGAUAAAUAAAUAAAAAAAUUAAUAAGUUUAAAGGCAACCUAAGAUAGAAAAAUUUUAGUUUUUAUUCUAUUCUUAUUUAUUAGUUCAAAAGAUCAGAGCAUGAUUAAGAAAAAAAAUAAUAAUCUAAAGUAUAAAAAUGACACAAAUCUAAGUGCUACUAUUUAAAAAACAGUAUUUUGGCAGAAACAGCAGAUGUAUAGAAGCAACCCUUAGAUUUGAAGUUUUUUAGAAGUUUUGCACUUGUGGUACCUCAUUUCUUUUCCCCUUUUUGUAUCUCUUAUACUUUCACAAACAUUAUUUCAGCAGCUUUAACACAGAAAAUUUGUUUAGGAGCAUAAGACGUGUUCACAACAAAAAAAACCAUAAUAUUUAAGCAUAAGCUAAAACCUUCAUAUCAGGAGUGUUCAACAUGAUACUAGGAACAGAACCUCUUUCCCAGGAGUAUUUAACCUUCUAUGUCUCAACUGAUAACAUGUCCGCAAUGAGCACAGUAUUCACAUAAACAACUAUGAAAUAAACACAAGUGAGGAAAGCACAGCAAUCUUUGACUAACAUAACACACACACAGAUGCAGAGUCUGGCUGUGAACACUGCCAGAGAACUUAGUUGACACAGAACAAAACAGACACACACAAACAUCCAAUCAACCCACACACUUCACUUUUUCAUCACACAAUGGUAUACCCUUUCACACGUGUUUGAAGUCGAAGUCAGUCACUGGAGUCAGUCAGCAGUCUUCUAUUUUAAUUCUUGUUUUGAUUUCUUCAAUUUUUCCAAUUUGUGUGAUUUUUUCCAAUUUGUGUGAUUCUUCUACAAUUGGUCAGGAGAUAUGGGACGUGCUUGUUCAAUUGGGAUCCCUGAAUAGGCUUUUCAGCCUAUCCUUAUUGACCUCUUUUUCUAUCUCCUGCUCAUCAAGCCAAUCUGUAUCUGUAAUUUAAGUCCAAUUAUAACACUGAUUUUGUGAGGUCUUUGACAUAUAAAAGAGAUAUAUAUAUAUGUACAUUUCAAAUAUCUACUAUUCCGUCAUUGUACUUAUUCGGCCCUCUAGAGUUCUGGAUCAGAAUUUAUGAGGAAAUAUGCCACUUUCGUUCUCCUUUUGGCUUUUUCUUAAGCCUCAGCGGAACUCCGCAUGACAAAUCCUCCUUUCUAGUGGAGUUUUCCAAAUCCACGUAUGUAUUACGAGAUGAAUCUGCUCGUCCGUCGGCUGCCACCUUUCAGAGCUCAUGAAAGAUGGUCUAAAACUCACAGUUCAACAAUGGACAGACACACUCGUGCCUGCUGCUCCCCUUGUUAUCCCAACAAUUACCCAGAAUCUUUUAUCACCAGGCAUUCAGCCUAAAAAACACAUCACAACCCGGGCCAGGCUGUCUCCCCAAACUACUGGCCAGUGCUUCUCCGCACCCAGUCUAGCUAGUUUCACAUAUGUCCGUCUCGCACAUAUAACAGCUUGAGGUGAUCUCACCCUUUGAAGGAGACGAAGUGCUUCUGCACCCAGCCUAUAGCUUCUCACACAUGUAACAGCCUAUAGCUUCACAUAUAACAAUCUCACACACGUAAGGGCGUGAGGCGGUCACACCCUUUGAAGGAGACGAAGUGCUUCUGCACCCAGCCUAUAGCUUCUCACACAUGUAACAGCCUAUAGCUUCACAUAUGGCAACUCACACAUGUAACAGCCUAUAGCUUCACAUAUGGCAUCUCACACAUGUAACAGCCUAUUGCUUCACAUAUGGCAUCUCACACAUGUAACAGCCUAUAGCUUUACAUAUGGCAUCUCACACAUGUAACAGCCUAUAGCUUCACAUAUGGCAUCUCACACAUGUAACAGCCUAUAGCUUCACAUAUGGCAAUCUCACACAUGUAACAGCCUAUAGCUUCACAUAUGGCAUCUCACACAUGUAACAGCCUAUAGCUUCCCAUAUGGCUUCUCACACAUGUAACGGCCUAUAGCUUCACAUAUGGCAUCUCACACAUGUAACAGCCUAUAGCUUAACAUGGCAUCUCACACAUGUAACAGCCUAUAGCUUCACAUAUGGCAAUCUCACACAUGUAAUAGCCUAUAGCUUCACAUAUGGCAUCUCACACACGUAACAGCCUAUAGCUUCACAUAUGGCAUCUCACACAUGUAACAGCCUAUAGCUUCACAUAUGGCAUCUCACACAUGUAACAGCCUAUAGCUUAACAUGGCAUCUCACACAUGUAACAGCCUAUAGCUUCACAUAUGGCAAUCUCACACAUGUAAUAGCCUAUAGCUUCACAUAUGGCAUCUCACACACGUAACAGCCUAUAGCUUCACAUAUGGCAUCUCACACAUGUAACAGCCUAUAGCUUCACAUAUGGCAUCUCACACAUGUAACAGCCUAUAGCUUAACAUGGCAUCUCACACAUGUAACAGCCUAUAGCUUCACAUAUGACAAUCUUACACAUGUAACAGCCUAUAGCUUCACAUAUGGCAUCUCACACAUGUAACAGCCUAUAGCUUCACAUAUGGCAUCUCACACAUGUAACAGCCUAUAGCUUUACAUAUGGCAUCUCACACCUGUAACAGCCUAUAGCUUUACAUAUGGCAUCUCACACAUGUAACAGCCUAUAGCUUCACAUAUGGCAAUCUCACACAUGUAACAGCCUAUAGCUUCACAUAUGGCAUCUCACACAUGUAACAGCCUAUAGCUUCCCAUAUGGCAUCUCACACAUGUAACAGCCUAUAGCUUCACAUAUGGCAUCUCACACAUGUAAAAGCCUAUAGCUUAACAUGGCAUCUCACACAUGUAACAGCCUAUAGCUUCACAUAUGGCAAUCUCACACAUGUAAUAGCCUAUAGCUUCACAUAUGGCAUCUCACACACGUAACAGCCUAUAGCUUCACAUAUGGCAUCUCACACAUGUAACAGCCUAUAGCUUCACAUAUGGCAUCUCACACAUGUAACAGCCUAUAGCUUCACAUAUGGCAAUCUUACGCAUGUAACAGCCUAUAGCUUCACAUAUGGCAUCUCACACAUGUAACAGCCUAUAGCUUCACAUAUGGCAUCUCACACAUGUAACGGCCUAUAGCUUCCCAUAUGGCAUCUCACACAUGUAACAGCCUAUAGCUUCACAUGGCAUCUCACACAUGUAACAGCCUAUAGCUUCACAUAUGGCAAUCUCACACAUGUAACGGCCUAUAGCUUCACAUUUGGCAUCUCACACAUGUAACAGCCUAUAGCUUCACAUGGCAUCUCACACAUGUAACAGCCUAUAGCUUUACAUAUGGCAUCUCACACAUGUAACAGCCUAUAGCUUUACAUAUGGCAUCUCCGAAUGUAACAGCCUAUAGCUUCACAUAUGGCAUCUCACACAUGUAACAGCCUAUAGCUUUACAUAUGGCAUCUCACACAUGUAACAGCCUAUAGCUUCACAUAUGGCAAUCUCACACAUGUAACGGCCUAUAGCUUCACAUUUGGCAUCUCACACAUGUAACAGCCUAUAGCUUCACAUGGCAUCUCACACAUGUAACAGCCUAUAGCUUUACAUAUGGCAUCUCACACAUGUAACAGCCUAUAGCUUUACAUAUGGCAUCUCCGAAUGUAACAGCCUAUAGCUUCACAUAUGGCAUCUCACACAUGUAACAGCCUAUAGCUUUACAUAUGGCAUCUCACACAUGUAACAGCCUAUAGCUUCACAUAUGGCAUCUCACACAUGUAACAGCCUAUAGCUUCACAUAUGGCAAUCUCACACAUGUAACAGCCUAUAGCUUCACACAUGGCAUCUCACACAUGUAACAGCCUAUAGCUUCCCAUAUGGCUUCUCACACAUGUAACAGCCUAUAGCUUCUCAUAUGGCAUCUCACACAUGUAACAGCCUAUAGCUUCACAUAUGGCAUCUUACACAUGUAACAGCCUAUAGCUUCACAUAUGGCAUCUCGCACAUGAAACAGCCUAUAGCUUUACAUAUGGCAUCUCACACAUGUAACAGUGUGAGGCGAUUUCACACAACCAACUGCAGUUUCUCUUAAUUCAGCUGAUAUAUAUCCAAUUUUAAUUGGCCUUCUCACAAAUUUGGCAGACUUUGAUCAGCUGACUGCAUGCAUGCAGUUUUCUCAGACUGUCUUCAUUCCCACUGUCUCCUCUUAUUUCUAUUCUAGGUUCUUUGAUUCGAAGAGGACAGAGAACAGUAGUCCACACCACCUCCUGGCUGGCUCACCAAUUAUGUUGUAGAAAGUCCAGCAUAAACAAUGCACAGGAGACAGGAUGAGAUCUGAAGAUUAGCCUGGGGCGUCUUUAAUAGUACAGAUGUAGAAAUCAGUACAGAUGACAAACAGAGUCUCGACCAAGACCGAAGGAAGCCUCUCUAGCUUUUCUUCUACUCCCUUUUAUCCUGUGUGAGUGUGUGUGUGUGUGUGUGUGUGUGUGUGUGUGUGUGUGUGUGUGUGUGUGUGUGUGUGUGUGUGUGUGUGUGUGUGUUCUCCAGAAGGCCCCUCAUGAUGACAUAUCUGCCCCACGACACUUUGUUUAGGUUCGUCUUGACCCUGGCAGAGAUUACAUGUUCCAACAGACAGAUAGUUUGGGCUCCUGCAAGACAGCCUUGCUUACAAUCUCAUGGUCGUGGGGCUGCAGGAGCAGGCUACUUGGAUUUUAAUCACUGAUUAAAUAGCAAGAGCACUUUUUGAACUUAUAUACUGAUGCUACAUGUCAGAAUCAGUUCAGGUCUGAUCAGGUCCUGUCUCCUUAGUACAGCACACAGUGGAGGCUGUCCUUGCUAUUGUUCUCUGGGUAUCUGGUCAUCACAUUGCGCCAGCACAUCCAACGGCACUCUAUUCACCAACGCAGCAUUAUGCAAAACUGUACAGGCCAAAAUGAUGUCUGACACCAUUUCAAGAGUGUACAACAAUGUUCCCUCUGCUGAGCCAAGAAGAGCCACCGAGGAGUCAAAAGUGCACUCCACGGGGGCAUGUGUGUCUGUGUGCGCAAUGUUCAAACAGCGCUCCUGCUCUGUGGCAGCGUUUGCCGGCAGGGUUAUCAAAUAUUCAGUAAGGGCAUAACCAAUUUAUUUAUUUUAUUUCAUGCCCUUCUUAAUCUUAAAUAAAAUCUGACUGCUUGUGCUUAAUGACAAGUUUAAAGUUUGAUUAGUAUCUAUUUUGAGACAGACAUUUGCUGCACUGCAGAUCCACACUUACUCAAACUUGCGUACACGAUGUGAGACCUGUCGGGGGCUUUGAUCAUAUUGUGCGCUCAUGUCCAAAUUAAUAAAUGAUGAUCCUUGUGUGGAAAGAGUUGUAUGGGACAGUUUUCUGCUGUACGUUUGUUUGAUUAAUGAGGGCCAUUGUGUUUUGUGUGUUUUGUCAGAGAUGUGCAGGAUCGAGGUUUGUCGACCCUAGUUUGCCUCUCAGAGAGUGACCAAUGGGAUGCCGUGCUCUGUUCUCUGGUCAUCGAUCUGGAUUUUGACGAACAGAAGGAGGUGCUGUUGGGAACAUAUGGCCAGGUCAGAGUUCGAUUUACCUUCAACAUUUUACUGAUGGAAAUCAACAGACUGUAGAUCAGUAGCGGUCCUAGGCACGGGCGAACCGGGGUGGCAACCCGGGGCGGCAUUUGUGUCAUGACUCAUUGGGGGUGGCACGAGCACUUCCAAAAAAAAAAAAAAAAAAAAAAAAGAUAAUAAUAACAAUAAAUCUGGGCCCCAAAGCGGUUUUGUAUUAAUUUUUGUCAAAUUGGCUCCCCCUGCUUCUGUGGGCACCCCUGCUUGUUGCGAAGGUGCCGCACAGAGGCUGACAGACUGUACGAGACGAAGCGGGGAGGGGGUCACGGGGGACAGCUCUGCUCUCAGGACUGCUCUCACUCUGCCAGUCACGGUGGCUCAAGCAGAGAGGAGCUUCUCAAAACUGAAGUUGAUAAAGUCGUACCUAAGGUCAACCAUGUCUCAGGAACGGCUCACUGGCCUUGCCGUCAUCAGCAUCAAUCACUUAACCCAUUUAAACCGGGACAGCAUGUACGCAAAUCAGCCAACCAGCCUUCCAAACCGGGAGCCCGGCUACGCAUUUCUACCCUUCAAGCCGGGAGCGCGGUGUAGCGAUUUGAAAUGAGCCUCACAAGGCCGCACCAAAAUAAUACUGUAGCGAUUGGAAUUUAUAAUAAAUGUCUGAAGAUUAAUAAUCUCAAGUUAUGACAUUUAUGCACUCGUUGAAAGGGGCACCACCCACCCUUAAUGGUGGGAAAAUAAAGAAAACAAAAGUUUAAUUCAGAAAUCAAACAUCAAGUCAGUUUUAAUUAAUCAGUCUCAUAUCUUAAGUCGAAAUUCUAAUUUCAGGGACUCCUCUUCUGGAAGAACACUAACAGUCAAGAACUUAGAAAAAUAAUGAUCUGUUUAUUACAGGAUAAAUGAUGGUACAACACACAUGCAAUAAAUGAUGAUAAGAUAAUGAUAAAAUAAUAAUAGGUGAAUAAAUAAAGAUUCUGAGUCAGGCUAGGAGCACUAAAGUUAAUGAUAGUGAGUGAAUAUGCGCUAACAUAUUAACCUACACUAAGUUUGGUGUCGAGAUAAACUCGGAUGUGGAUUUGGAGGAAUCUAAGAUUACCAGAAUAAGUGGAUAUCUGAGUUAUGAACGCAGGAGACAGCACCAGCCCUCUUUAGAGCUCUGGAGGUUUGCAUACUUAAGUGAGACUGGUCCUCUGCGAAGAUGGAGCAGGUUCCGAAGGUCCGGGCUACUCUCAGAAGACGACUGAAGUCAGCCGAAGGAUGAGCCAGGAGUUGCAGCACUCGGGCCCGAAGCAAAGCCAGCGCCUGUGGAUCCUGUGGAUGCUCCUUUGGGUACUUCUUUAGUCUCACUCAAAAACUCUGGCACAGAGGAUGACCUGGGCCUGCUGGGUUGCGUUCAGAGGUGACUUUUGAAAUCACGCAGAUAACUCAGAAAAACGAGACUCGAGCAUAGAAAACUUUCAAAAAUGGCUUCGCGAAAUUAAAGAAAAAAUCAAUCAAAGGCUUAAUCUUGAAUUGCUAUGCGCACAAAAAGUUGAAGUUUCAAAACUUGAACUAAGACGAUGUUAAAGAAAAAUCAACGUGAAUCAACACGUGGCGUAAAACUUAGUAGACUAAGAAAAAGUUCUAAGAGAAAACAAAGAAACGCACCACAGAAGGGUGUGGGCAGAAGAGAAGGGCACAAGAGAGGAAGGAAGACUAAGAGUGAACAAGAGAGUGAGCAACCCCACUUCACUGGUUUUAUCUUCUCACACUGGGAGUGUUUCCGGGGUGUGUGUGUGAGGAGAAAGGAGGGGUCGUGGAAUCUCUGAUUAUUUGAUCUAACUUGUUCUUUUGGCUGGUAAAAGAGUCAGAUCUGAUACUCACUCACUAUGAUUAAUAUCAUUGAAUGCUUGGUUUCAUGAUAAAUAAUUUGAUACUAAACACAUAUGAAUGAAGUGUAGGAUCACAUCAAACAUUCUCAUUAUGUUUUAAGUAUCACAUUGAACAUGCUAAAUUACUCUGAAAUGAAACAGAUAGUAACACAUGGAAACUGUGAACAACAAAAGCGUAAACACAUGUGAAUGAACUUCAUCAUGAUUAAUAAUGGAUUCUAAAUACUCACAUUCAGAUUAUUCAAUGACAUUAUAACCACCUAAUGGUUAAAAAUACUAAAUAAACAUCUACAAUAUAAACCAAACAUUUCUAAACUAUUUCUGUGUUCAUAGAGUAAGUUAUGAUCCAUAGUCAAUAAAUUUAACUCUUAACAGUUCAUGAAACAGUCUGAAAAGCUGUUGGUCUAAAGAAACUAAAGAAUAAGGAUUUAUUCUGUCAGUGAUAACUCGGCUUCUGAAGCACAUAGAAAAAUGGGAAACAUCUCAUUUUAACACAAAUUUCAUGAUUAGACAGAUUAGUACAUUGCUGAAUGUAUAAGAUGUCAGGAUCAGUCAUUUGUAUUCUUUUACCAAAGGAAUGUAGUCUUUAUCAGUGCAUGGUCGAGCAGGGUUUUACGACCGAGGUCUGGAGGUCAGUGUCCCCCCUUAUCCUGGGGUCCGUAUGUUCACACACUUUAAGAAGGUAAAUCUCAAAUGGGAGAUCUGGGUUGAGACGUUAAUGUUUAUUUAGAUGGUCAGUGAUGGAGUCAGUUUGAAAGGUAAUAAAAACUCUGUCUCUGUUCUCCGAAUUGACCAAUCGUGAAGAGUCAGAAGUUUGGUCAACCUCCGGUUGGGUCAUUUAGGUAACCUGAAAGUGUAAACGAGUCUGGAAAGAUUUAUAUCCUGUUUCCUGGGACCAGAUAAGGAAACUUUCCUCUGAGGAAUGUGUGGGUUUCACAUCCAGGGUUGUCUUGAUUGCUACAGUCCCCCCUUCGUCACGGUGGUCCUGUCCAUGGAGCAUCGGGACGACGAGUAGACAACCAUGAAGCAGCAGCAGCAGCAGCAGCAGGUGUAUGCAAAUAGGACUGAUGCGUCUCAUUAUCCCUAUGUGAAUCACUAGUACUGCUUUGAGAUAAAAUUAAGCAUGCAUUAAGCUAUCAAAUAAUAUCAUCUAGGUGUUAGACUUUUCUCAGUUAACUAUUGGUAGACUAAUGUGAAAGAAAAUUUCCUAAUUUUUAGUAUUAAUGAGAUUUAGAAAAGCACUCUUUAGUCUGAAUGCUAACUGGAUCUAAAGCUAUAGCUGUUUUUCAUGCUUGCUGGAGAAGUCUGAAAGUUCAAUUUCAGUUUCAAAAAUUGUUAAGACUUAGGUGGAAAAGAAAUGUCUGCUAAAGACAUAUUAACCAUCUGUGUAUGAGCAUAGUCAACCUGAAUCACAAACAUCGAAAGUUUAUUGCACAGAGUUUCUCUUAAACUUUGUCUGUUAAACUUUGGGAUGAUGCUCUUAUCGGUUUGACUAAUUAUCUGCUGUUAAGUCUGAAAUUUGUCAAUCUGAGUCUUAAUGACAGCAAUUUCAGGUUUUAAUCUGUUCAUGGGACAUUUGACAGCUGAUUAGCUGACAAUAUUGACAGAGGAGCGACAAAUGCUAACAAAGAAAGCAGCAACUGGGAUUGCAGUCAUCAAUGUAUCACCACAGCAUUUGGAUAUCUUAUUGGAGUCAUUUAGCUUUGGCUGAGUGACUUCUGCUUUCGCAGGACUCACGCCUUCAUGACUCCAGAGUGUGUUAAUCUCAGUGGUUAGCUGAGUGGUCAUGUUUAUUCACCUUCAAAGUGGAUGAAACCGAUUGAGGUGGAUAAUAAGAUUGUCGUUUCUGAGAGUGUGAUUUACUCUGAUUCUGCCAGUCAUUCACCCCCCUUUGGCGGUGUUGAUGGUUUUUCCUUUGUCUGGGACAAAACCCACUGUGACGGGAGUCUGAAUAGCAACAGUUGGUCUCAAAGUUUACCUGGCAUUGGUCUGUGUCAGACCUGGGCCUUGGUGUGUAACUUUGACCUUUGUGAGUUUGUUGAGGUCGAAAAGGUUUUGGAGGCCUGGUUAACCACUCAUGUGGAGGCUUAUCGGAGCCUGAAAAUACACAGUCUGAAACUUCGUUCAGCUCCAUGGGCAGUGAUUUUGUCUCCAUAGCCAAGAGAGUAACGGGCUCUGCUUUCUUAGCCAAAGUUUGUCGUUGUUUGGCAAAACCUUUUACAGCAAGUUCACGAAGCUGUCGGCUAGUCGAAGUGUUUGGACAAGCUAAGACGCCAAGGUGAUGACUGGUGGUAGGGUGGAGGUUCUGGACGAACAGCGUUUUGAAGUUCAAGUCCUCCUCCAUUUCUGGUUCAUUUCGGAAACCAAAGUAAGCUUCGCGUAAGCGGUUGUAAUACUGUUGGGGAGAUUCUGAUCUCCCUUGUUUAAUAGACAGAGCAGCAGAAAGGCCUGUCUGGGUCAAAUAGUCAGAAAACUCUUCAUUUAAUGCUUGGCAGAGCAAGUCAUAAUUAUUUCUGACAUGAUAAGGCUGUCGUUCAAGGAAACUGCUAACCUCUCGACUUGACGUCGCCUUAAUAAGGUAGAUUUUGUCAUCAAUGGUUGCACCUGGAAAUUUCCGCAGGUAAAAGUCAAUGUCUUUCAAGUAGGUGCAGGUGUCAGUAGCACCUUGGUGCUCAGGUUCAAAGCGUGCUAUGUUGCGAGCAAUUUUGUCAAGAUCCCUGUCUGAGGGAGAUGGUAAGAAGCCAUCAUGAGGAGGAGAGUAGGACUCUUGGUUUAAGGAUGACCUCUCAGGGUCAAGCAGGGUCCUGUCAUGAUGCUGAGAGAGAUACUUAAGAGUUGGUUUGGAAGGAAGUGAUGGCGCUCUCUCAGGAGGCUGAUCACCUAUCAUUUCUUCAAGAAACGUUUGCUCCAUGCGUUCUCUUUGGGCUCGACCUGACUGGAGGGAGCAUUGUAACUCUCUUUGGGCAUCUUCAAGUUCUUUGUCUGUCUUUUCUUGCCGUUCUUGACAAAGAAUUAACUGUCUUUGAGCUAUCUGGAGCUGGUGCUGUAAGGUAGAAGUUUGCUUCUCCUUAACUUCAAGAGCUUCAGCACGCACUUUGACCAGUGCUUUCAAAGCUUUUACAUCUCCUGUUGCUUGCUCUAGUAGGGAUUCUGACUGUAUCAGAUCCUCUGUGGUCUUAGCAAGCUGCUUAUUCGUGUCAUCAAGUUCUUUCUCCUUUUUGUAAAGGGUUUCAUUAAGUCUUUCAAUCUUGUCUUUGAGAUCAAGAUUUUCUUCAUGACUUAUCAGUGAGGGAAGCUUUGACGCUUCACAUCUGGCACUGUGUUUUUCUAAAACACUUACAGACUUCUUAGUCUCUUCUAGCGUCUUUUUCAGAGCGCUGUUUUCUUCUUUUUGCGUCUUUAUCUUUGCUAAAGCGCAUUCCAGCAAGUAGUCUUUAUACUCAAGCUGAGAAGACAUCACGACAGACAUGCGUCUAGUGAGCUCUUUGUCACGAAGUGUCGUGGUUAAGGCUGUUUCCAGUAGGUCAGCCAUUUCAUCCUCCGGAUUGGAGGGUUUGGCCUUUUGAAUCUUAGUCAUGUACUGAGGUAUCAGCUGACUAGUCAAGUUUGCCAACACUGGGUGUAUGUCCCUCAGGGGGUCUCCCUGGCUGGACUCUUUUGUGUUAGGCAUGUUUGGUUUUGGUAAAGAGGUGCAGGUGGUUGGUUGAUGAGUUUGAGUUGACUUAAAAUGAAAGGAAGAAGCAAAAUAUCAAAUUAAGUGGGUUAAUCGACUUAAUUUAUCAGUGCUUGAUAAAGAGGAAGAGCCUAUCUGAGUAGAUCUCUAAUGGAGAGAAAAAUAACAUAAAGUUAAAUUCAUUUCAAUGAAAAUUGAAAAAAAAAAGUGAAAUGAUGUUAAAUUAAAUUUAACAUCAGAUACAGAACCAUUGAAUAAAGGGUUCAAAUUGUCUCUGUGUUGCAGAGAUCAGCAAAGCUUAAAUAAACUGCCUGCUGCAGUUGGAUGAAUUGGCAAAAUCGAUGAAAUUGUCAAUUUAAGGAAUUAACUCUGAAGUUAAUUCACAAAUUGCAAUUAAUCCAAAGGUUCAACUACCAAAUCUAUCUGGAAUGUUAAAAGAAAUUUCAAAUAUUAAUUAAUUUGUUCAUUAAUUAAUUAAUCUUACGAGGAGGGUUUUAAUGUAUUAUAGGGAACAGUAAAACUGCUCAAUGGUGUGAUAAGUAACAACAAGAUCAGGUGAUUGAUUCAAGGAGUUACUUUAUCAAUACAUCAUGGAGGCUCUUAUAACAAAGACAAAAAUCAAAAAUCAAUGAUCAAUGAUUUAGAAUAAGCACAUCAAACUUCAUCAACCAAGUCAAUCACAUGAAUUAUGUCUGUAGAGUGUUACACACUGACUACAGAGAGGCAGAACAGCUGGCUGAUACUGCAGGCAGAUAAUAGCAGUGUUAGCUCAAUACCAAAAGCAACCAUGUGGGGCAGUAUGGAGUUGGGGUAACUGCGCAAGCUCAACACAAGUGGAGAAGAAGAAGAGAAGAGGAAACAGUCAUCCAACUAUGAAGGAAGGGGCCUUUAGGCUCUGCCUCCUUGAAGGGCCUUAUCUGCUUAAGGCCAAAUGGUCAAUCUCUCCACUGACAACAAAGGGUUAACAUUUCACAGCAGGCUGCGUCUGCACCCUCAAACAUAGAACUUUACACCAUCUGCUCAGGCAGAUUGGUUCAAUAAAAUCAUUUACAGGAACAAGGAUCAAAGUGGCAAAUCCUUAAACAGCAGAUUCAACUGCAGACUUAAAAAAAUCACAAAUGUGGCGAUUUGUGAUCACGGAUUUUGUCUGAAUUCAUUCAAACAACAGCCUCCCACUGUUACAGUGGUUUCCUGUGACAGGUAGUUAGUCUGUCAGGGGAAAGGAGGAAAUCUGAAUCCCAUACAGUAUAGUUACUAGAACUUCGUAGCAGACGAUAGAGACAAGAAUCAAAGUGACAAAUCCCUCAACAGCAGAUUCAACUGCAGACUUUAAAAUCACAAAUGCGGCGAUUUGUGAUCACAAAUUUUGUCUGAAUUCAAUCAAACAACAACCUCCCACUGUUACAGUGGUUUCCUGUGACAGGUAGCUAAUCUGUCAGGGGAAAGGAGGAAAUCUGAAUCCCAUAUAGUUACUAGAACCUCGUAGCAGACUACAGAGACUUCAGGGGCUUGAAACCACAGCUCGGAGCAUCGCGAACACUGGGUUCAGCCAAAGGCCUUAAAUACAAGCGUACGGCGACGCAACAAUCGUGCACUUAAAUAUUGGACAGUCUAGACAGAGUAGAAGAGUCAGUCUCACUGCUACUCAGAACAACAUUUCACGCUGUCCAGCUCAAACACAGACUACAGGCAUGUAGUACAAAAGUGUGUGAAACACAGAGCAUAAAGGUUUUAUGCAUAGAUCAGGAAAACAUCAGAACUUAGUCAAGCAACUUCAGCAAGCAUAGCAUUGAUUGUGAUUAAGUCUAAAAUAGCCUGGGAAUAAGUUUCUCUCAUCAAUUUGGAAGGCUAAGUUUUAGGUUGUCUGUUAGUAUCCAGAAGUUUUGUUUGAAACGCCUCACGCAGGGGCUCCAAAAUAUAUGUAGCGGUUGAAAUGAGCCUCACAAGGCCGCACCAAAAUAAUACUGUAGCGAUUGGAAUUUAUAAUAAAUGUCUGAAGAUUAAUAAUCUCAAAUUAUGACAUUUAUGCACUCGUUGAAAGGGGCACCACCCACCCUUAAUGGUGGGAAAAUAAAGAAAACAAAAGUUUAAUUCAGAAAUCAAACAUCAAGUCAGUUUUAAUUAAUCAGUCUCAUAUCUUAAGUCGAAAUUCUAAUUUCAGGGACUCCACUUCUGGAAGAACACUAACAGUCAAGAACUUAGAAAAAAAAUGAUCUGUUUAUUACAGGAUAAAUGAUGGUACGACACACAUGCAAUAAAUGAUGAUCAGAUAAUGAGGAUAAAAUAAUAAUAGGUGAAUAAAUAAAGAUUCUGAGUCAGGCUAGGAGCACUAAAGUUAAUGAUAGUGGGUGAAUAUGCGCUAACAUAUUAACCUACACUAAGUUUGGUGUCGAGAUAAACUCGGAUGUGGAUUUGGAGGAAUCUAAGAUUACCAGAAUAAGUGGAUAUCUGAGUUAUGAACGCAGGAGACAGCACCAGCCCUCUUUAGAGCUCUGGAGGUUUGCAUACUUAAGUGAGACUGGUCCUUGGCGAAGAUGGAGCGGUUCGAGCGGUUCAUCUCAGAAGACGACUGAAGUCAGCCGAAGGAUGAGCCAGGAGUUGCAGCACUCGGGCCCGAAGCAAAGCCAGCGCCUGUGGAUCCUGUGGAUGCUCCUUUGGGUACUUCUUUAGUCUCACUCAAAAACUCUGGCACAGAGGAUGACCUGGGCCUGCUGGGUUGCGUUCAGAGGUGACUUUUGAAAUCACGCAGAUAACUCAGAAAAACGAGACUCGAGCAGAGAAAACUUUAAAAAAUGGCUUCGCGAAAUUAAAGAAAAAUCAAUCAAAGGCUUAAUCUUGAAUUGCUAUGCGCACAAAAAGUUGAAGUUUCAAAACUUGAACUAAGACGAUGUUAAAGAAAAAUCAACGUGAAUCAACACGUGGCGUAAAACUUAGUAGACUAAGAAAAAGUUCUAAGAGAAAACAAAGAAACGCACCACAGAAGGGUGUGGGCAGAAGAGAAGGGCACAAGAGAGGAACGAAGACUAAGAGUGAACAAGAGAGUGAGCAACCCCACUUCACUGGUUUUAUCUUCUCACACUGGGAGUGUUUCCGGGGUGUGUGUGUGAGGAGAAAGGAGGGGUCGUGGAAUCUCUGAUUAUUUGAUCUAACUUAUUCUUUUGGCUGGUAAAAGAGUCAGAUCUGAUACUCACUCACUAUGAUUAAUAUCAUUGAAUGCUUGGUUUCAUGAUAAAUAAUUUGAUACUAAACACAUAUGAAGUGUAGGAUCACAUCAAACAUUCUCAUUAUGUUUUAAGUAUCACAUUGAACAUGCUAAAUUACUCUGAAAUGAAACAGAUAGUAACACAUGGAAACUGUGAACAACAAAAGAGUAAACACAUGUGAAUGAACUUCAUCAUGAUUAAUAAUGGAUUCUAAAUACUCACAUUCAGAUUAUUCAAUGACAUUAUAACCACCUAAUGGUUAAAAAUACUAAAUAAACAUCUACAAUAUAAACCAAACAUUUCUAAACUAUUUCUGUGUUCAUAGAGUAAGUUAUGAUCCAUAGUCAAUAAAUUUAACUCUUAACAGUUCAUGAAACAGUCUGAAAAGCUGUUGGUCUAAAGAAACUAAAGAAUAAGGAUUUAUUCUGUCAGUGAUAACUCGGCUUCUGAAGCACAUAGAAAAAUGGGAAACAUCUCAUUUUAACACAAAUUUCAUGAUUAGACAGAUUAGUACAUUGCUGAAUGUAUAAGAUGUCAGGAUCAGUCAUUUGUAUUCUUUUACCAAAGGAAUGUAGUCUUUAUCAGUGCAUGGUCGAGCAGGGUUUUACGACCGAGGUCUGGAGGUCAGUGUCCCCCCUUAUCCUGGGGUCCGUAUGUUCACACACUUUAAGAAGGUAAAUCUCAAAUGGGAGAUCUGGGUUGAGACGUUAAUGUUUAUUUAGAUGGUCAGUGAUGGAGUCAGUUUGAAAGGUAAUAAAAACUCUGUCUCUGUUCUCCUAAUUGACCAAUCGUGUAGAGUCAGAAGUUUGGUCAACCUCCGGUUGGGUCAUUUAGGUAACCUGAAAGUGUAAACGAGUCUGGAAAGAUUUAUAUCCUGUUUCCUGGGACCAGAUAAGGAAACUUUCCUCUGAGGAAUGUGUGGGUUUCACAUCCAGGGUUGUCUUGAUUGCUACAGCGGAUACGUCAUUUUGUGACAUUCAGUAGUUUUUUAAUCAUUUCUGGAGUCUUGGCAAAUCUAAUCACCCCCGUCUGCCUCUGAUAGGUUAAUAAAGCGCUCGGAUUCAUGCUCUGAUCUUUCUGUGUGCUUCAAGAGUAAAGUAAACAACGACGAUUUGCUAUGUAAGAUUAUUAGUAUAUAUUUUAUUUAAUAUUUUAUAUUAUUCUUCUCUUCCCCUGCUGUCUUGUUACAUUUUUUGUUAAAUAUUUGCCACUUUUAUGUAUAAAGUGUAUAUUUAUUAUUUAAGCUCUGAUAACCUGUUUUGUGCAGAAUUGCCCCAUUGUCUUUUACAAUGUUGGAGGUGGAGAAUAUGCACCUUAAAAAGUGUCCUUCCUGGGGGGUCUCACCCGGGGAGUAAUUUAGUCUAGAGCCGCCACUGCUGUAGAUAUUUAGAUUUGUAAUAAAUCCCAUUAAAAAAAUAACGUAGAAGUCUUGAUAUUUUCUGUCUCCAUCAGCCUGUCAGUAGAUUAUUUUUGAAUGCCAAUAGUGUACAUUAAUUAUUUUGUUAUGUUAAUUUCUCCGUCCUGUUUUCAAAGGGAAAGGUUUUCUCUUGCAGUUGACAACUGUUGUGUUUGUACUUAACUCAAACUGGAAGAAACAGGGGAUUUAUUCAAAAGAGCAAACAUUAGGGGUCUCAUCAUACGGGCUGGAUAAGUCAGGAGGAACAGGUACUGACAGUGUUAUUAUUUCCAAGAGACGUUGCCACAGGUUCAUAAAAGGGUUGCUUAGCUUUUGUACCUGCCAGACUUGUGCGAAUAAGACAAAAAGACGUUAAAAAAACAACUGAGCAGGAGUGAAGGGAAAGCACCACAAAUUGUCCUGCAAAGUAAAAACGAUCUACUUCACAAACUCUUCAAAGAAAUUUUCACCGACUGCAGUUAAAAGUUAGAAAUCACGCCCCACUAAAUCUUUAGGUAUUGUGACACUGACACACCCUGAAUGACCCAAAACAAUAUACUUACUAUAUGCUCAAUCUGUUGAUUGACUUUGACGUCACUGUUUUUAUCAUCAGGGUUUGAAUCAAUCUGAUGGUUCAACCAAGGCUCAACCACAGAGGAAGAACUCAUGUUUUUCACAGAAUGAGCUGCUCUUUGUUAGCUUGAUCUUGAAGUAUGCCCCUUCUGCAGAAUUGUACCAAAAUUUUAGUGACUGUAUGGAUGAUGUGCUCAUUUACAGUGUAGUUUUAAUUCAGUACUCAGCAGUGUAUAGGAUCCCAUCUACGCAAACUACAGUGAGUGUUGGUGGUCCUGGAGGAACAAGCUGCACAUCAUGGCUUAUAAGCCAUGUUUACAUGGGCAAAGUUUCUUGAUCCGAUCAAAAAUUUGAGGAAUAGGAUAAUCUGAAACCACUGUUUAUAUGGGUGCAAAAUCAAAUAAUCUGAUCAUGACGUGGAAAUACAUACACCAAGUUUUAUUCAGAUUUCGGGAUAACGAUGGGCAUAAACCACCCCUCUCGAUCGGAAUACAGUUUCUUUCCGAUUGAGCCGUGUUGGAUCAGAAUCAUCCAAUCGACAUGUUUACAUGGCGCAUUUUUAUUCCAAUCUGGCAUUUAAUCUGAUUAUUUGUGCCCAUGUAAACGCAGCUAUUGAUGCGUUUGGCAAUUCAAUUUUUGAACACAGUGGAGUUCAGUGUCAAAGCAUAAACAUUUAUGAGGCUUUAGGUUGUUGAAAAUAAGAAAAAGAAGGACUAUAAGCUGGCUAAACUCUUAAUUAAAUUGACAAAUAAAGUCAAGGGCAAGUAAAUUUGACUGAACAAAACAACAUAUCUUGAAUCACAUCUUUUAUCGGUGCUUUUUAUGCAGAUACAACAGCAAGGUCUUUACUUUUCAUGCAGCGUGCAGACGUCUGGGAGCGUGCCACACUGGCACCAUAUAUUUCAAUCAACUGGCACCACUUAGAGUCUGCAACAAAAGAUUCAAAAUGGUGCCUUGCAGCUACAAAAUGCUGUCCACCUGCAGCUCACUCAAUGUGAUGCAGAAUUUGCUGCAGAGCAUUGUAGGUCAGAAUAACGCAGAGCAUGCUUGCUGAAGAGAGAUCUCGUUCCUGGAUUUCUCUAUCUGAGAGACCAAACUCAUUUGGAUGCGUUGGGAUAGUAUGGAAGUAUAUGAAAGCUGAUAUGUUUAAGCUACUGAAUCACAACAAAGACGUGUGAGGUGACAUCUUGAUAACAUUGUUACCUGCCACUCUCUCGUGCAGGAACUUCUCUGUUAUAAAUUCCAGCCGGCAGUGAACGGAGGAGGAGAUGGACAGUUUCAACUGCAGUGGAGGCGGAGCUUCAAGAGUCCUCUGCUCUCGAUCAUCUACUUGGACCUGACAGGGGAUGGACUGAGAGAGCUGGCUGUUCUCACACUGAAGGGGCUGCAUAUCUUACAGGUAAACUUGAUAAAUGCAGGAAUAAAUACAUGAAUGAAUAAAUACAUCAAUAAAUGCUGUAUUUUAAGUUUCUAGCAUAUCUUUAUAUUUAUUCAUUUAUCUGUUUCCUCAAGUAUACAUGCAUUUUUUAAUUAAUUAAUUUCUAUAUUCAUGGUUUUCUACAAUAACUUAAAUAUACAUCGUUUUAUUUAUUGAUGUAUUCUUUUAUUUAUUUUCGUAUCUCUGCAUUUCCACAUGUAUUUAUUUACAUAUUUCUGUGCCCAUUUUGUCAGUGGAAAAGUAUAGAUGUAAACUGAGUGGGCGGUCCUAACUCCACUCUGAAGCAGGAUUGGUUACAUGGAUGUGAUCCACCCUGGGUCUACUACUGCUGCUUUGACUUGACCAUGAUGCUUUGCAUAAAUUAUGGGCGUAUUUUCCAGUGCCUUCUGAUAAUUGAUGUGGAGUCUGCAAUUUUCUCUGUAUCUGUACGUGAAUCGUGAUUAUUAAAGCCAUCGAGGAUGAAAACAAUAUAAGAACAUUAUCUAUCAUCAUAAACGGGACUAUGUUAUCAUUCUGCAGCCCUCCUCUAUCAAGGGGUUGCGGGACAGUAUAAAAAAUGGCUUCAAAUAAUGUAUGCUACGAGCGUUUAGCUGGUUUGUCAGCACCAAUGCUGUAGACAGAGAGGCUGAGGUUUAUCGGUUCUUACAAGGUCAAUCGCAUUUUGUUAACAGAGGUUAGCCAUAGGCAUGUGCUGAUAUGAAAAAUUUGAUAUCACGAUAUUGGUGGCCCAAAAUAUCAUAAUUCACGAUAUUAUCACGAUAUUAGCGCAUUGCUUUCAACGUUAUUAAAAAUGGCAAAAAAAAUGCAAAUUCACUUCUCUGUGCACAGCAUGACAUGCACAAACAUUAUGAGCAAGAGGCAGCUAACGCAACGUUGGGAUCAUUAGCUUUUUGAAGCUCAAGUUAGCAGAAACUUCACUAACAUUGUCAUAAUAAGCAGUAGAGUAGACCAAACUUGUUGCCGUCAUGUUGUUUUUACCUUGAUUUUGGUGAACAGUGCUGAAUGGUGUUCACGGAGGUGGGCACGUAGGUUUGAAGUGUUAGACAAUGGUGCUGCAACUUCCUUAUUGCAUAACCUGCAGAUUGGUGUCAGGUUUACCUGCUUCGUCUGUUUUGUGAAGCUGUAAAACGUCCAUACUGCAGAAAAAAACCUUUCCAGUAGGAGGAUACAGCCGAGGCGUUUCGUCAUUCUCAGUCUCCGACUGUUCUUGGUCCGGUGUUAUGCUGUAGAAUGCACCCCUGCUGUUGAAUGCACCCCUGACGGGAGCGCGGUUGAAAGUACAUAACAAGGCGAAAUAAUCCAAGUUUUCCUUACCGUUGGGUGGAUUCUACAGCGUGUGCCUUUAAUGAUUUCAUUCAGACUAUUCAGAUAAGCCAAAAACAAUAGCCCUCUAAUUCGGAAUAUUUGCUGUCCUGAAAAUAUAAUGCUCUCUACCUUACCAGCUUACUGUACCGUUUAUGUACCCAAUUACAUCUCCAUAUGUGCAUUUUUGGGACACAUACAAACAGAACGAAAGUUUGCUGCUCAAUUGGCAAGUUGUCAUGAUCCAAUACUUGUGUUUUUAAAAUAUCAGAUCAUAUUUCCUCCACUUUAAGAAGCUAAUGAGCGGAUGGGAUGCAUUGUGAACACGCUCCAACAGUGCUUUGGGUGGCCGCAAUACAUUGUGGGUGGCCACGCAUUUUGUUGUAAAAUUUCUUCAUUUCUCUUUUAAUGUUCCCGUUUUUGUUAGGCUGGCAUUAAUGUACUUAAUUCGAGAGUUUGUUUUGGAUUUGGGACUAUGUUUUGGGACUUGGCAUUUGUUGUGGGAUUUGGGACUAGUGAUGAAUGAUAACCAGGUAGGGUUAUGAUUAUUGCCAGAGGAGUUUGUAUUUUCUAAGGAGAUGUAGUCUGUGAGCAGAUUUUUCCAGUGUAUGAUGUGUAUGGAGUUCUGAGACUUCCAGUUCAUGAGGAUAGUUUUCCUGGCGACGGUCAGCGCCACUAGAAGUGAACGUGUGUGUGUUUUGUCAAGUUUUAAUGUAGAUAGGUCUCCUAAUAAACAGAGGGAAGGGGAAAGUGGGAUGUGGCAGCCCAUGAUCUGUGAUAAUGUUUCUGUAAUGUUUCUCCAGAAGUGGUGAACAGGUGUGCAGUGCCAGGUUGCAUGAAUAUAGGUAUCAGUGCAGUUUAGUGAGCAGUGUGAACAGUUUCCAGAUGAUGCGAAGCCCAUUUUUUGCAUUUUGUGUCCAGUCAGAUGAGUUCCAUGAAGGAUUUUGUAUUGUAUGAGUUGUAAAUUGGCAUUUGUCGUCAUGGAAAAAAUGUUCUUGCAGAUUUGGGGCCAGAAGUCAGCAUCAGGAGCAAUGGAGAGGUCAGUUUCCCAUUUUUCUGAAGGUAUAGAGGGUGUUGAAUCGGCCUGUGAUAAUAAUUUGUAUAUCUUAGAUAAAAGUGUCUUCGAGGAAGGGAUGUUAAUGAAUUUAGAGGGUGACGGGAGGAGGACUUAAGUUUAUAUUCUUGUUUUUCAUUGUUGAUUGGAUGGGUGAUGAAACCUGUAGCAGGGUUUUUCCUGGCUCAAAUUGAGGCAGAGGUGGCACCAUCCUGACCAUGCGCCAUGACGUGCAUGUAUUUGUAAAUUCAACUGACUCACUUUCUUUUACAGGCAACAUACUUUAAGUUAAGAGUUCAAAAAAGAGUGUGACCAUUAUCAUGUUAAAGCAUUCAUUUAUUAAAUCUAUAUACAUACAUAAAUCAGCUGGCAACUUUAAAUUGAAAGUACACUUCAUCCACACAUCUCACAACUAGACAGAACAUUUCAGCCUCCUCUUUUUCAUUCUGUAGAACCUCCUCAUGCACUCCUUGUAGUCCAAGGCCUCCUGGUCUGGUCCAUCAAUGGCCACCUUACAACAGACAUCCAAGUGCCUCUCCUUCAGUCUGUUCCACAGAGGUGUCUUCACCUUAAACAAAACAAUUCAUCAUGCAUUAAGUAUUUUUGUUUUUAUUCAGAUACAGACAUGAAGAGUGAUAGUGUUUUCAAUCAUAUAUUAUAUAUACGCUACAGUGUCCUCCCUAAAAAAAAACGACAACCAAUUAUUUCUUAAACUAUCUAAACUAUGAUAUUUUAGUUUUUGUAACUUUAUUAGUUGAGUUUUUUUAGGUACUACCAUCUUUAAUAUACUUCUCCUUCUCUUCUGCUGCUUUGUGAAUGGCUGUCACCUCAUGUCUUUUUAAUGUGUCCAGCCUGUAGUUGGUUGAUGGCUGUCUCACUAAGGAGGCAGCAAUUGCCUGCUGUGUUGGGGCACAGUGCUUUUGGCAUAAAUAGCAGUGCAUGCCUUCCUCAGUAUGCCUGAGCCAGGUAAAUUGAUUGAGCCACUGCUUGUUAAAGCCACUGGCUCUGUGCUUUUGAGAAGAUCUGGAAAGAGGAAUAAAAACCACGUACACGUAGGCUUUGCGUUGUUAUGCUCCUAAUUGGAAACUUAUUAAUUAAUUACCCUCGCCUCGCCGACUCGUCCUGUCCUGCAUUCUGACCCUCGCGAUCACCAGUCCCUUGUGAAGUACUUUCAGACCUGACACAAAUUUCCACGUUGUCACCACCAUGAAUUAUAGCAUUUUAACUGCCUGUUACGUUUUUUCUCUGCUGUGUUUCACCUGGACUCUUGACUUUCCUCCUCGCAAGGUCGCUUUUUAAAGUACUGGCUGAUUUUGCCUGUCAUAACUGCAACGCUAAAAAACGGAGGAAACUUUUUUUUUAAAUAAACACGUCAUGCUUGGAUGCAAAAAAGACAAGCAGUAUUUACCUGUUUGUACCAUCCGCCAGGGAAAAUCAGGACGCCGAUAGCACCAACUAGCAGGAAAAAAAACUUGAUUCGAUCCGUUUCUUCUUCGGUAGAUGCUUCAGGUCUUUCCGGUGCACUGCUGUUGAUAUAGCGCCUCUAUAGUGGCGCAACGCUGCAACUGCAGUUAAAAUACGUUGCUGCUGCAGAGGGACAUCGUACGCUCAAUCAACACAGCUGAAGCUUUACGCUGUGUUGAGCGAAAUCAAUCGCUCUGGCUGGGGGCGGCACAAAAUUAGGUGGAGGCGGCCGCCACGCAAUUUUGAACGCAGGAAAAACCCUGUGUAGAUAUUGUAAGAAUUGAUGGCUCCUGAUGCCAAACUUCUAGACCAGGAGAGAGAAUGGAACCAGGAUGUUAUUAUUGAAGAUAUUUUUGAGGUGAGUAAUCCCUUUCUCUACCCAAGUGCUGAAGUAUAGUGAUUGUUUAUUGCUGAUGAAGUCCAGGUUGUGCCAGAUCGGGGUGAAAAGCAACGGUGCCAAAGUGGAGUUAGUAGUGCUGUAGAAUUUCCACCAGGCUGUCAGGGCCGAUGAUAUUAUGGGGUUUUGGAAACAGGGGUGUUUUUUGAUAGUUUGACUAAGGAAUGGUAAGUCUGAGAGAUGGAUGUCUUUGCUAACUGUUUGUUCUAUGUCAAACCAAGUGCUAUCUGACUGGGUGGGGUGGGUCCAUUUGUAGAUGUAUUGAAGUUGAUUUGCUAGUGAGUAAUAAUGAAAAUUUGGAGCAUUGAGUCCGCCUAAACUUUUUGAUUUUUGAAGAGUGGCCAGUUUGAUUCGUGGGGGUUUAUUUUUCCAGUAAAAUUUGUUGAUGGAUGAAUCCGAGGGAAUGAAACCAGGUGAGAGGUGGAUGAGAGGGAAUCAUUGAACAAAGGUAACUGAUUUUGGGGAGGAUUGUCAUUUUAACUGUUGCAAUUCUGCCUAGAAUGGAUAAUGGGAGGUUCAUCCAUCGUUGGAGAUCGUCAUUGAUUGUUUUUAGGAGUGGAGUGAAAUUCAGGUUGAUCAACUCUGACAGCCUGGGGGAAAUGUGGAUGCCUAAGUAGGUGAUGUGACUAGUGCAGAAGGGGAUGGGUGUUGUAAGGGCUGCCACAGCCAGACUGUUGGUGGGAGUAUGGAGGAUUUGUUCCAGUUUAUUGAGUAGUCAGAGAGAAGGGAGAAGGAUUUGAUGACUCUGAUUACUUCUUGUAGUGAUGAUUCUGGAUUCUCCAUAAAAAGUAAUAUGUCAUCUGCAUAGAGGCUGAUUUUAUGGUGCAUGUUGGGGGUUUGGAUUCCUGUAAUGAGGGGGUUCUGACGGAUGGCUGCUGCUAGGGGUUCAAUGAAAAUGGUGAACAAAGAGGGAGAGAGUGGGCAACCUUCCCUGGUCCCCCUGUGAAGAGUUAAGCUUUGUGAGGUUUCUCCGUUAGUAAUAACUGUGGCUGUAGGUGAGGUGUAAAGUGUUCUAAUCCAGUUAAUAAAUGAAUCCCCAAAGCCGAAACUGUGUAGGGUGUGGAUGAGGAAUGACCAGUUAACUCUGUCAAAGGCUUUUUCUGCAUCCAAGGUGGCUAUGAUUGAAUUAUGGUUAUGUGUGGUUGAGUGGUGCAUUAUAUUGAAUAGUCUGCGUGUGUUAUUGGAUGAGUUUCUUCCUUUAAUAAAUCCUGUUUGAUCCGGGUGAAUAAUGGAUGGAAUAAUUUUUUCUAAUCGGUGGGAAAGUGCCUUGGUGAUAAUUUUAAUGUCAACGUUGAGAAGUGAAAUGGGGCGGUAACUUGAAGGCAGGGUGGGGUCUUUGUUUGGUUUAAGAAGCAGUGAGAUGGAUGCUGUGUUCAUGUUGGAUGGAAGUCUGGAAGUUUUUGUGUUUCUGUUAUCAUUCUGUGGAAAAGUGGAGCUAAGAUGGACCAGAAGUGGUUGUAGAACUCAGCAGGGAAGCCAUCAGGACCGGGUGCUUUAUUGUUGGGCAUUCUGUUGAGGGCAGAUUGGAUUUCUUCAGUUGUUAGGGGUGUUUAAUGUCUAAUGGGUGUCUAAUGUGUUUUUUUGUUCAGGGGAGAGUUGGGGUAAAUUGAGGCUGGUGAGAAAUAGUCUGAUGUCUUCUUCCUUAGGGGUAUUAUCUGAGGAGUAUAGGUUGACAUAAAAUUCUCUGAAUAUUUGAUUUAUUUCAUCGGGUGAGUUUGUUGACUUCCCUGCUGAGUUCAUGAUGGUGGAGAUUGUGGAUUUUUCUUUAUUUCUUUUGAUUUGGUUUGCGAGAUAUUUACCGGAUUUGUUAUUGUGAUGGAAGUUUUCCUGUCGGAGCCUGCUGAUCAUGAAAUUAGUUUUCUUGUUCAGAAUUUCAUUUAUUUCUAGUUUAUAUUUUCUUAAUUUCUUCUCGUUUUCUUCUGUUGGAUUAGUUGCAUUGACAGUUUCUAGCUGUUUGAUUUUUUCUUGUAAUUCAGAUUCUUGUUUGUUUUCUGUCUUUUUCUUAUAGGCUGAAUAUGAAAUGAUAAUUCCUCUGAUGACUGCUUUACCUGUUUCGCAUAGAAGUGUGGGGGAUGGCUUUGGGGCAUCAUUUAUUUCCAGGAAGGAUACCCACUCUCUUUUGAUGAGGUUGUUAAAUUCAGGAUCUUUCAGGAGGGAUGUGUUAAAGCGCCAUCUGGUGACUGGUUUGUGUGGUCUUGGUGGGUUCCAUUUGAAUGAUACUGGGGCAUGAUCACUGAUAAUGAUGGGGUGGAUUUGAUUAUCAAAAAUAUUUGAAAUGAUUGAAUUACUGGUAAGGAAGAAAUCAAUGCGUGAAUAUGAAUAAUGUACUGAUGAAAAAAAAUGAGAAAUUUCUGAUUCUAAUCAAAGUCCGUUGUAAAGCAGAUGAUAGAAAUAUUAACGAGGGUCACGGGAACACUCCUCCUUUGUUUUGGGUGCUCCUCAAGCCAUAAAUUUGACUUUGUUACGCAGAGCAGAUCAAGAGUGGAAGUAGAGUGGAAUUGAUUGGUCCUUCUUCUUUUGGGUGGACAAGCGAGACACAUUGGGGGGUUCUGCCCUCCACAGUCUAAAGUCCUCAUUUAUUUAUGCAGAAAUCUGUAAUGGCUCAUUAGCUCUUUCGAAUUGAUAGCUUUUUUCUGGGUAGUAUGGUAGAUUUCAUAGAUGCAAAGGUGCAAAAAUGAACUACAGGAAGACAGAACCGAGCUGGAAGCCUCCCGCGGGAUUUUAUUGCAGCUACAGCAUCAACCACAGCUCAUGAGAAUCAGACAGACAGCAGAAGCCAAACAUUCCCAGAAUCUCCUUGAAUUCUUUCCCUUUUAUACACUAUUUGGGCGCUCCAAUGAUGUCUCUUAUCUUCCCGUAAGUGGUCUUCACAUUGGUGUCUGAUUGCCAGCAACGUGACUUCUUCUGUAAACAUGUUUUGCUCACUGGCCGGCUCUGCCAAAUUUCCUGUCGAAAUGUGUGACAAGUUCAGGUACCAUGACCUCUCUGGCUGUAUCCUCCAUCCUGUUUUGCAACUUUCUUUGCUUAAAUCUAUUUGCUCCCAUAUUCGCCCAGGAAACCAAUCCUGCCUCAGAGUGAAGCUAGGACAGCCCACUUAGUUUACAUACAUGCUUUUCCACUGACAAAAUGGACAAAGAAAUACAUAUAUUAAUAAAUGUGGAAAUGCAAAAAUACGUAAAUAAAUAAAUGAAUGCAUAGAGAAAUAAAUGUAAAACAGCAUUCAUACAAAAAUAUAAAUAAAUAUAUACAUUUUUAAAAGCAUGCAUGAUCGAGGAAAAAGAUGAAUAAAUAAAUAUAUAAUUAUGGAAAUAAAAACAAAAAAUAUAUGCAUUUAUUUAUUUAUCUAUGUAUCUAUUUCUGUGUUUAUUUAUCAAGUAUUUAGUUAUUUAUUUGUGUAUUUUUUGUAUAACAUGUACAUGUAUACAGAUACUGUGGUUUACUUGGCUGUAAUGUUUGCAGGGCCAGUUUUUUAAGGAUAAUCUGACCAGAUUUAAUGUGUUAGAUGGGCUCAAAUCUUGAAAACAGGCUGUUUAUUAUUAUAAAAUAAAAUAUGUUCGAAUGAGUAAGUAAAUAAUAAUAAAAUAUGACAAAUCAAGUAAAUUUUAAAAAAAGGACUUUAAGAGGGCUGUUUGUUGUUUUUCAUCUGAAAAAAACAAACAAACUCCAGAUUGUGUUUCUUACAGCUUUUGAGAAGGAUUUGGAUAAAUUUCAUUUAAAAAAAAACACCUCAGUUAUGUGGCCAUAAAAUAUUUAUGACUGUGCUAUCACAAUACUUCAAAGUAAAACAACACAAUCAGUCCAACUACAGGUAAGACAAGGCUCGAGUAACACAUUAUGUCACAGUCCUUAUCAAUAAGGCAACUAACUUAAAUGAUUCUGUCAAAUUAUAUUUAUGUAGCACCUUUCAUUCAAAUCAAAUACAAUUCAACUAAUGCGCACCACAAGCAUUCAAAGACCCUCAUAUAAAACCAUAAAGAUAAAGAGUUAAAGGUCCCCUAUUAUGGCAUUUUUCAUCAAGUUUCAAUCAGUCCCAGAGAUCCCACAAUAGUAAAUUUAGUUUGUUGUCUAAAUCACCAGUUUAAAUAUCAGUUUGGAUAUCAGCCAGCCUGUACCCCCCUCUCUUUUUGAGCUCCACUGAGAACGGGUUGAUUCUGCGUCUGUACCUUUAAAUGAUAAUGAGCUGUGUGUAACCACACUCUUCCUCCACUCUGAACUGCCGGCACCGCCCCAGUGGUCCAGGAGCGUUCGUCUGGAGAUCUUCUGAGGACCUCUUCAGAGGUCAGUGGUGUCAGUGGUGUCAGUGGUGAAAUGGUUAGCACACACAUACAACAUCUUCGGAGUUGUUGUGGGUACAUUUCCAUCAAAAAUAAAAUUAAUCCACUGGGUCCUCAAAUCUUUGAUAAAGGAGGCAGAAAUAAACUCCUGUCUUCGUUUGUGCAGCCAAGAACCACGCAGUGGCUGGGUCAUAGCUUUGACAUGGUUGCUGUAACAGAGUGGUGUAUGCGAGGGGAAAAAAUGGCGGAUGCUACCUAAGUUGGCUUGGAGGGGAUGCAUAUUAUUGGUAGAAAACCAUCCAAAAAUGGAUUUUUCAUAAUAGGGGACCUUUAAAAAAACACAGUAAAGCUCUCUUGUGUUGUUGUUGUUGUGUUGUUUGCUGUCCUGUUGUCUUUAUUGACUGUAUAAACUGACUCCCCUGUGUUGUCACAAAAAUGUCUGUUUUUAAAUGUUAAAAUAUUUUGUCUUGUAAUUACUUUUUAAUUAAGUAAAGGAAGAAAACAGUUAAAAAGAAAAUUAUCAAAAAUAUUGAGUUUAUAAUAAUGCAUUAGAUUUUUAUAGUGCUUUAUCAGAGACCCUUAAAGCCCUUUACAUUGGAUACAUCAUUCAUUCGCUCACACAGUCACACCUUGAUGGUGGUAAACUACCUUGGUUGUCACAGCUGCCCUGGGGCAGACUGCCAGAAACAUGGCUGCCAAUAUGCGCCUACGGCCUCUCCGACCACCACCACACAACACUUACAAUCGUACACCAGUGGAGGACACACACUGGGAGCAAGGUGGGUUAAGUGCCUUGCCCAAGGACACAACGGACAGACUAGGGAUAGGGGGAAUCAAACUGCCAACCUUCCAGUUAUUGGAUGACCGCUCUCCCUCCUGAGCUACUGCCGCCCUAUUAUUAUUUAUAAAAAGUAAAGAUGAGAAAUCAAAGAUAAAAGCACAAGCAUUAUAAUGAGUAGUUUAACAAUGAAGUGACAAUAGUUGGAGUGAUGAAAUAACAUCAAAAUCAAUAUAAUAGAAUAAAUAUCCAAGCUCGUCUCAUCAUGUCAUCUUCCAUUUCAUAUGGUGGUCAAUUUUCUGAUUUAUCCACAUUACCAGCCCUGUGACUGAAGCUUCUUUUGAGAGGACAUCACCCUUUCAGUGAUUUUUAUGUUUUUAUUUUGAUAUUUCCUGUCACUGUGAGAUACACUUUAAUUUUGUAGUAUACCAUUACUGGCAUAUUGUAAGUUACAAAAUUAAGUUAAAAUGUUAAUUAGAAACUUCAAAUGUUCAGUUGAAUAACCUCUAGAGGCAUAAUCUCUAACUGUGUUUGGAUUCACAAUUACUCUUUGAAUAACUAUAACUAAAUAUGUCACUUUAACUUUGUCAUGUUCAAAACCAGCCCCACAUAGACUGACUCAAAUAUGUGUCUUUUACUCUUUGUCUCUUCAUUCAGCACUCUCUCACAUGCACAUCUGACUUGGUCUUGGAGCGGCUCGCCCACAGGGUGUCAGUGCUGACAGAUAGGUCAGAGCCGGAAUCAGACGAAGCUCCAAACACUGAGCAGACCAGCACUGCAGUGGAAACAGAGGAGAUUCUGUCCAAUUAAAGUGAGAGAGGCUCUAUGUUUACAUGAGGAAGUCCCAGAGGAGGAUCACAUUUAAGAAUUUACCAUAUUCACAGGUGUUAUGUGGAGGACAACCUCAGGAUGAAUAUGUGUAUUUACUUGUGAUGAUGGACACCAUAUGUCAGGUUUAUACCAACUUUGACGCUCAAUUUUGCUCAAAUGGUGGUAAGAUAAACUGACUGAAAAGCCCACAUAAAUCUUUAAUGAGCUGUAAAUUGUGUUCAGUAGAUAAUGAAUAAAACAUGUACAUGUAUACAGAUA